GGAGACCGCACGAUAGUGGGCAAGAAAGCGUUUCAGUGCGUAUUGUAUUGCCGUUGUGGUGUGUUCACGCAAUUUCAGUGCCCGGCAGGUGUGCUGUGUAGCGUGAAAAAAACGUUCGUAAUAAAAAAAAAUCCGAAUCGAGUUUCUAUAACUGAUAACCAAAAUAUAUAAAGUAAGCAACACGAAUUUCAUUAAAACGUAUAAUUUUACAUUAUUGAUUAGAAAUAUGUUUUCGGUUUUGAGAAAUAAAUGUUAGGUAGGUAUCAGUUUAAGAUUAUAUUGUUUUAUAUAUUAUAAUAUUUGUUUUCUUUUGUAGUAUCGAUUAAUGUACAAAAUUAAAUUGUAGGUACCUACUGGUAUAAAACAUUGAUGUAGGAACAUUUUUUAAUAGGGGAAAAUCACCAAAGUCUCAGUUUCUCGUGCACGCCAUCAUAUGUAUAUGUAGUACGAAAUAUCGAUUUUUAGAGUAACCCAGUGAACGGUGCCAUUUGUUAUGGUUUGAUACUAUGUUCUCGUAUUUUCAAUACAUUCAUCUUUUAAUGUUGGUUUGAUAGACCACAACAUAAAAACAAAUCGAACACCUAUGUUUAUGUUGAUGAUUUGUAAUAUACAAAUUAUAAUCUAUAUUAUAACAAUUCAUAUUGUUAGUUUAGAUAGUAAUCUAGUAGUAGCAGUCUUUAAUAUUUACCUAGUUUAAUUUAUAUUCUUCAUAGUAUUUUACGAUGAAAAAUUACAAACAAAAUAAAUCUCUAUUUGUCUAUUUUAAUUUAAGUAUAUUUCAAAUAAUUCUAGUAGGUUACCUAAAUAGUUUGUUUUUAUAGUUUUUUAUUUUACAUUAAGUUUUAAGAAAUUGAUUAGAUAUAGUGGCGUAGGUGAUUAAUACACGAUGGAAGUACAUGAACCUACGUACUUUAGAUGGUUAAAAUGAACCAUCUGAAUUGGGUAGGAGGGUGUUGGCCCUGGGUAGUAAGUAUAUAAUUUAAUAGGAACAAUUGUAUUAUGCUAAAAUAGCUGAAUUGAUAUUUGCUUAUUUUAUAUUUGUAUAAGAUAUUAACUAUUGGCCUAUGGGCCAUUGGGUGGUGCUGGGUUGUAUGUUCUAAACUAAGAUAAUUUGAAACCAUUUUUUAAAGAACCCGGCGUCACUAAUUAGGUACCUACCAGGAUGUUAUUUUUAUUUACAUAUUAAAUUUUAUAAUUAUAAAAAAAAAAUAUUACAAAACAUAAAACAUAAAUUAGUAUUUAUGUUAUUAAUUAAAUAUUUACAACAUCUUAUAUCUACUAUCUAGGUGCGUAAUAAUAAAUUAUAAUUUAUAAUUAUUCAAUGUCAUUAACAAUUUAAUGUUAAUAAAUAUGACUAUGGUGGGUACGGAUAGUUAUCCUAACUACCUUGGUAAUGAUUAUAAAGUUCCAAGAUUUCCUUAUGCAGAACUGAUAUAAGUAUCUAUUUAUUGUAUCUAUCUUUAUAUACCUAUACCCUACAGGCAAACAAAAAAAUUUAAUAUAUUUGUACAUAUUUGUUUACAUGAAUGUUAUUUACAAGUAUUGCUUAUAAUUGGCAUACAUAUAGUUUAGAACCAUUGCUCGUUAUUCGAAUUUUUUUUUUUUUUGUAAAUGUGUAUUUUAAUACACUAAACUCAAAAAUGUUUUGUUUAUUUUGAACAUCACCAUAACCCCAAUCGAGCGAGUACCCCCCAGUGUCAUGUUAUGUGCACCGAAAAUGUAUUAGGCUUCAAAUCGAUAUAACUUCUAAAAUAAUAGUUUCCGAAAUAUUCUGAUUGUACCAUCAUAUUCGGCAAUAAAAAAACAAAAUGAUUUUUAAGUUUUUUUUGAUAUAACUUGUAAAAUUAAAAAAGUGACAAUUUUCCCAAAAACAUUUUGGAAUUAAGUAUAUUAAAAUAAACAUUUUAUAAAAAAAAAAUAAAAUCGAAAAACGAACAAUGGUGCUAAAACUAUAUUUGUUCUGCUUAAUUUAAUGGCUAAUAAGUUAAUAAAUUAGUAUUGUAAUAGUUUUAUUACUUUAUAAUUUGUCUAAAAAUCAUGUUAUUCAUGUAGUAAUAAUAUUUUAAACUUUAUAUUUUUAUUAACUAAUUACAAUUAAUUAUUUUCAUAUUUUGCUCCUUGUUAUUUUAAAUUUUAAAUGUAUUGAAGAAGUUUAUAAUUUACUAGGUACUAAUUUUACUAUGAAGUGUGGUUUUUUCGGAAAAAAAUUUUUCUGUUUGUAGAAAUGCUUUGGUGUUUUUAUGUCACACAUUAAAAAAUACAGAUUUUUGUCUCAUGGCACUAUAUUUGAAAUAUUUUCUAAAGUUACACAUUUUUUUUCUAAAAAGUUGAAUUUUAUAUUUUUUUAAAAGUACUUAAUACAUAUUACUACAAUUUUUCCACAGAUGUGGAAAAUUCCACAUCUGCGUGAAAAAAUAAAUUUUCGAAAUUUUCAGUAAUUUACUUCCUAAGUAUUUUUUUUUUUGUUUAUUUCUGGUAACCUUGGAAACAAGAAAAAAACACGAAUAGCAUUACAUUGCUUAAAAUCGGUUUUCGUUUACAAUGAUUAUUAUUGCAUACAGUAUAUAAACUAAAUAUGGUGGGUUGGUGAGUAGUUUAGAAAACUAUCAUUUCCCUCUCACCACAAAAUACUAUACUAUGGAAUGCUCAUUUUUUGUCUGAUGGUACUAUCUAUCGCAGGUUAAAAUAGAUUGAAAUAUAGUGUUUAAUACCAAUGUAUGCAGAUAUUAAUUUUAUUGAACUAUAUAUUAAUAUUAUUAAUAUAUAUAAUUUAAAAAAAAAAAUAUUACUAAUGGCUGUAAAACUACUUUUGUUUUGGUGGGAAAUUGGGAAAGUAAGAAACAAAGAGUUACCAAAAGUAAACUUAAUCUAACAAAGGUAUUUUAUUUAUAACUGUACGCGACGCAAAUUAUUGCUAACGAAUUACGAUUCAGAACAAAGUUUUGAAAUGCCGUUAUUUUUACGAUUUUCGUCAAAAUUUGAUCUUAAAACGCAUAAAAACUAUUGCAUUACAUCAAAUUUUUUCCAUUAAGUACAACUUAUAAUAAACAUCGUGUUAAAAUUUAAACCUUUCUUAUCGGUUAAAACAAUUUUAUCCACAUAAAAUCACAUAAAAACUUAAAACCUAGAAAGUGACAAAUAUCUAUAAAUAAAUAAAUCGCUAAAUAUUUUAAAAAGUCUAAUAUAAUAUAAUUAUAAAAUAAUUCAGGUUUCUACACACAAUUAUUUUAAACUAAAUUACAAAAAAUAAAAAAAAAAAAUAGUGAAAUUUUUAAUGCCUUAAACUUUCCCGUGUUUCUUGUUUUUUUCCCGGUUUUUUUGAAUUAUUAGGAAAAUUAUACGGAAAAUUAAAAAAAAUAACCUUCGUAUGCACCAACUAAACAACAUUUUCUUUUAGAGAAGAUGCUAUUCUUGUAAUUUGUAAUAAGAAUUCUUGUAGAAAACAAAAUCGAAAAAAUAAUAUUAAAUUGGUAUUAACAUAAAUAUUUUACAUAUACAUUUUUUCCCUAUUUACCCCAAUUAUUAAAAAAACUGUUUGGAAAAUCAGGAAAUGAUUUCCUCAAUGUUCCUACCAACUAGAACCAAAAUUCUGCUAAAAAUCCAUCUUUUAAUUUUUUGAUUGAAGCAAGAUUUUAGUUACUGGCAUUCAUCAUAGUAAAACUAAUAUAUUUACUUCGUUUAUAAUCUAAAAUAAAAUUACUAUACAAUUUAACCUAUUGCGUAAUUAUAUAUUUAAACAAGAUGGAAAAUAUAAAUAUAUAUUUAACUGAUAAGUUAUUAUAAUAUGGAAUUUAUAUAUUUGAGACUUUUUCAUUUAAUAAGUACAUGUUUUAAACGUUAUGCUAUUAUGUCAAUAAGUAAUAUUUAUUAUAAUAUUUUAAGAAAAAAUAUUCGUAAAUUUGUAUAAACUUAACAAAUGAUAAACAUAUUUGACAAAUAUUAGAAAAAAUUAUGGUUAUCUUGGUUGUUAUGACAAAUGUUAUUUCUGCACAAUACGUAAUAUUAAAAUUUGUAAUAAAUAUGUACAAGUUAUACUGGUUUCAAUAUUGUGAAUACUGAACGGAAUGCAUACAGUUAUCGAGGGAGCAUUUACUUCAACCUGUCUAGUACUGACUUCCUACGUAAAUCUUAAGAAAAGUGAAAUCUUAUUACUUUCGUUUUUACCAAUUUGUCAUGUUUUGCUGUUAAUAAAAUUACUUAAAUAACGAAAAAUAAUCACAUCAAGUAAAAGUCUUAAAAAUAACUGUAAUAAACCAUAGUUCAAAUAAUAUACUGUAGAUGUGGUUUUCAUUUCAAUAAGUUGAAAAUUUGGUUAUUUGGUUAAUGAUCGAUAAAUCGUUUAUUAUAUAGGUACACGUGUUUUAUGUCGGACAAUUUCUUUCAAGGUUAUUCAAAUUAAUGCUUAAAAUUGAGAGGUUUUAUGAAUCGGAACAUGUAGAACACUUAAAUAAUGUGUAGAUACUAGAUAGUAGAUGGAUAAUUUAUUUUUAUUUCAUGAAUAAGGCAUGGUUUCUAUUUUUAGAUUCUAAACUGAGUUUUAGGUUUGAAACUAUGUGGUUUUUAAAAUGUAUUUUAGAGAAUGCUUAAAUAAAGAAAAAAUAUUACCUAAUUAUUAUUAAAGAAUAUUUUACUCGGUAAUUUUAUAAAAAUGUCCAGAUUUUUUGUUACAGUUUCUUGAAAAUUGUAAAAAAAAAUAUGAGAAAAAUAAUAUAAAAAAAUAUAAGUAGUAUAGUAUUAUAUUAUAUUAUUAUAACUAAUGCCUAACUGUUAUUUUUAGUAUACAUUAGUAUAUAUUUCAUUAUUUAUUUUUUUUAAAUUAUGAUUUCGACAAAACUAAAUGUAUUCAUUGCUAUUAUAUGUCUAUUAUAGUUGUACACAGUGCAUAUUAAUCGACACAUUCAGUACUCUUAAUAUUAUUAAUAACUUAUAAGCAAUCAAUUAAUUAUUUUAAGUUGAUACAAUUGCUACUCUUAAUAAAACCAUUCGAAAAUGAAAUUAAAUUUAUUAUAGUUAAAUAUUUGUUAUUUUCGGAUGCAGGAACAUAUGUAAAUAAUAAUUAAUGGGAUAUUACCUAAUUAAAUUAUACAAUCUCUACAUUUUAAAUACCUAUGAUAUAUGAAACAUUAUUUCUACUUCACUAUCUACUUAAAUAAUUUAUAUUGUAAUACUCCUCUAACUUUCUUUUAUGCAGUUUUAUAUAAGUUAUUUAUUUAUUUUUAAACAUUUUAAUGGUGGCAUAUUGUUUUACAGAUUACAUUAAGAUUAGUAUAUUAUAAUAUCAUAGCCAUUUAAUAAAUUUAACAAAAUUAUGAAAAACAUUUACUAACGAGAUUCAUAAUUAUAAUAAAGUAAAUAGAGUAAUGAAAUCUGCGAAUAAUAUUUAUUUCUGUUGCAACAUAAGAAAACAAUAAAACCAACAAAUAAAAAAAAAUAACAAUAUUUAAAAUUCACUAUUCACUAUUCAAUAAAAUUUACUAUGUUUUCACCUGGGAAUUUAUGAUAAUUUUGUACAAAUAUAUAAUUUGCUUUUAAGAUGAAAAAUAAUACAAAAUAUAUUUUAUUUUUUUUUAAAUUUGAAGUACGAAUAGAUUAUCUAUUGAAAUCUGUCUAUCUACUCGUAUAAAGAAAACAAUUUUUAUUAAAAAGACAAAUAGUUUCAAACAGAAACAUUACGCAUCAAUAAUUUAACUACAUUUUCCAAUCUUCAAUGAAUACUUAAAAAACAUGAACACCAAUUAAACUUUUAGUUUUUGAAUACAAUGAUUGAUCAUUGCUUGCGUAUAACAAUUUACAAUACUGCAGAAUAGUCAAUAUAUUGACAUGUCAAGGUGAGAAAUAUGUUCACCUUUUAUGUUUAGUUUAAAAUUACAUGACUAUAUAGUAUAUAGAUACUAUAUAAUUCCUUAAUAAACUAUACAAUAUUAUGACCAAAAACAUUUGUCUCCGUGUAUCAUUAUUAUGAUAAUAUACUAAUGAAAAUAUUUUUAUACCUAUUGAACUUAUAUAACAGUAUAACAAUAUUACUUAUUGAUCAAUUAUCAAUAGGUUCCUAAUAAAGAGAUGCAUGAAAACAUUGAAAACGAUUUUAAUGGUAGGUAAUUUGCAUUUACCUAUACAACAAUGAGUCAUUAGGUGGAUAUUGGUCAUAUUGUUUUAUAUGGUUUUAUAUUUGGUAUUCUAUUAUUAUAGAUUUCAUACGAUUUUGAGAUUCUAUACGUAGCGAGGGGUCUAUUGGUUUAACUAUAAUGUAUGUGUUUUUUAAUUUUAUUUUUUUUUUGUGCCUGUAAACAACUUUUCAACCAGAAAUUUUGAUUUAAUCAAAAAAUGUCAAGAGACCUUGUUUGUUAAAUUUUAGAUCUAGUUGGUGAUUAAGUAAGUCAUUUUUUUGAUUUUCCAACCAGUUUUAAUAAUAAUUAGGAAAAAAGAGGUAAAAUGACAACUGACAAAUUUACGGCGUACGAUUUUAUUAUUUUAAAUUUGUACUAUUUAUGUUUUCUACUAGAAUUUUUACUAUAAUCAUUUUAAGAUAAAAUGUUGAUGCAAAUGAAAAAUAUUAUGACAUUUCAAAACAUUUAUAAUUUAAUUUUGUUCAGAAUUGUAUUUCGUUGGUUUAUCAUUACUUAUAUAUAUAUAUAUAUUAAAUUACUUUAUAAAUCUUACUUUCCCAUCUUGCAAACAACAGCAGUGGCGCAACCAUUAGUAGUAUCAGUUCUUUUGUAUUUCUUAUAAGUGCUUUUUAGUUUACCUGCCUUUUUAAUAGUUUAUAAAUCAAAUAUAAAUAAUAUUCAUUUUACUUUUGACUUCUGUAUAAAUAUUGUUGUUUACUUUAUUUAUAAUAAUAAUUAAUUAACUAUUUUUCUAUUUGAAUACUGCAAAUAAUUAUGUCAAGUAAUUUAAGUACUUUUAAGAUUUAAUUGUCAUAACAAAAAUUAUUUUUUGACAUUGAAAAAUAUUUGUUGUACUUACUUAUAUAUCAAUUUAGAUUAAAUUAUAAACUCUUUCUUUCUUUUCUUUUGAAUACUCAUAGUAAGAUAUAAUAGCACACAGUGGAAAUUAAUAAAUAAUUUAUUUGUGUCAAAUUUCUGGCCAUCAAAAUAGAAAUUUGUUAAUUAAAGAAUGUAUAUUAAUAUAAUAAUCGUGGACUAUAUUUACUAUCUGACAGAAAAAAUUUUUUUUUCAUAACACGCGUUUUUCAUACCUAAUCUAAAAUUAACCAACAUGAACAUUAAUAAACAUUAAUACAACUUUUCUUUUUUUUUAGGUAAUCAAAAUUACGACGAAUGAAGUAAAACAUAUUUGUAUUAACCUGUUUUACUAUUAGAAAAUAAUCAUGACGAUAAAUAUAAAAGAAUCAAAUAAUAUUCCACCUCUUAAACGAUACAGGUAAUCAAUACUGUUAUUUGACAAUAACUAUAAUUAAAAAUAUAAAAUGCUUAUUGUUUGGAUAUUUUUAGGUCUAAAUCUAUGAGCAAUUCCGUUGCUUAUACGAGUUUAUUACUAAUCGAGCUAAUUCUUUUGGUAAUCAAAUUUAUUUAUACUACAAUUGAGUCUAUUGUUCGUCUAUUUUUGCCACCGUUGGAAAAAUCACUAGUAGAUGAAAUUGUAUUAGUAAGUAUUAUAAAGAAAUUAUUAUUGUGUAUUAUUUUAAAACUAAGUAUUUAUAAAUACGUAUUAUGUGCAAAAUAUAAAACCUGAAUGGUUAGGUUAGCAUCCUUCGCGUGUUUAAAGAUCAAGUUUCAUAAUACCUACCUAUGUCCUAUACCUAUAUUUACUGAAGACAUCUUAUAUUAUUUCGCAAACCAACACAUAUAUACAGAUAAACCUUUCUACUGAAAUAGUUUGAAAUAGAUGCCUUACGAAACAAACUUCUUAUUGAGUUAACAUUAUUCGAUCCAACCCUAAGGUUAUUUACCUGGUUUUGGCAUCAAAUAAUAUAUUACACACGUAGAUUACUAAUAUAGGUAUAUUCUUCAUUAUGGGAACUAGUCAAAUCAUAUUUGAAAGUACCUACUGAAGAAAUAAAAUAAAAUACGUCCGAAACGUUUUAAAAUAAUAAACAUCAAGCGUUUAAUAUGAUGUUUUAAUGAUAUUUUAGUUUGAAAAUACAUGUUUAUGUUUGUAUAUAAUAUAAUCAUAAUAUAAUAAUUAACGUCUACACACAAUUAAAUUACCUACUUAUUUAUAUAUUAUAAUAGGUGUAGGUAUGUACAAUUUAACAUUUCAAUUUUAUUUGAGAUUCUGUAUAUCAAAUUUAAGAUGUGUUGUUUUCUCGAAAAACACUUUAAUUUUUAAAAAUACUCUAAAUUUUUCAUUUCAAACUUUCAAAGAAAAGAUCUUUCAUCUGGUGGUGCUUUAUUUAAACAAUUUUCGAAAAUUAUCAGCAGUUCUCCCCCUAGGUCAUUUAUGGGUUGAUUCCUUUGAUAGCAAGGGUAAAACAACUUUACUCAGAAUUUUUUUUAUUAUAAUGAUUUAUAGUUAAGCCGUAUACAAUUAAUUUACCCUGUAUAGCCUACCUGCUAAACUACUCAUCUAGGACAAUUAGGGACGGGGGCGUGACUAAGGACCUCGGCCCCCACAGGCUUAUUAUUUCUCCGAUUUUUGUAUGAGAAAAUAAUAUACAUAAUGUAUUAUAUUAUAUUCUAUUUAUGCUGUAAAAAAAAUUAUUAGGCCUCCCCCUCAGAUAUAUGCUCUGGAUCUGUGCUUGAGAACAAUGACCUAUUUAUGAACAGUAUCAAGUAGGUACAAGGUACCUACUAUUAUUUAUUAUAUAAUAAAUUUGAAUACAUUGUUUAGAUUAUUAUUAAAUCUUAUCUUGUUUAAUCGACGGUUAUUUUUGAAUAUGUAUUAACGUUGUUUAUUUAAAAAUACUUCAAUUUCAACACUCAUUUCAGUAUAUUAUAUAGGAUGAUCGAUCCUCGAUAGGACACUUAUUAUUACUAAAAAGUAUACCUAUAUUUUUUUUGGGAUUUGUUUUUUUUCGAGAAUUUAUGAAACUAUCAGCUCUAAAAUGUUACAUUGUUCUUGUUUUUUGUCACUCAUAUUUUUAGUGGUGAAACCAAUACCCAGUUUUAAUUUUCAAAUAACAAUCUUUAUUAAAAUUUCCAUAAAUAAAUGAUGAUGUUUUAGUUUAACUAAAUUUCCCUGUUGACAUUUUUAAAUUCCGUCAACGCGAGAUCGAUAUUAUAUGAUAAGUUUAGGUAGGAAGAGCUAUAUAGCGGUAUGGCGCACAGCGAUUGAAUGAAUGAGCCACCCCUAAACAUAAAACGAGAAAUUUAAAAGUGGAAUAUCUCAUCAACAUGUUGGCGGAAUUUCUAAUUUCAACGUCAAAAUGUAUUUAAAUCAAAACAUAAUAUUAUAUUUAUGGAAUUUUUAAUGUAAACUACUAUUUGAAAUUCAAAAACGAGUAGUAGUUUCACCCCUGAAAAUAAGGUUGACCAAAAAAAAAUAAAUAUUCUAAAGUAUUUAAUUUUUGAUUUAAAAUAAUCUAAAAGCAAUACGCUUUUUAUUAUUUAACUUUUGAUAAUUUAAUGUUAUUAAAUUUAACAUACAAUUAUAAAAAAUAUCUACACAAAUUAAAUUAUAAUUUGGUAUUUUAUUAUUAGUUGGAACUUAUACCUAGAAAUUUUAUGAAAUGCGAGAAUGAACUUAUGUGAUGGAUUUAUACUAUUAUCUUCUUUUAAAAUUUCUAUGAUAGUGGUAUAGAAUUGAACAUUUUGUUAUUACUUUGAUUGUUUUUCCUAGAUUACUGGCGCAGGUCAUGGUAUUGGUCGAGAAUUGGCAAUACUGUUCGCCAAACAAAAUGCAAUAAUUAUAUGUUGGGACUUAGAUGAAAAAGGAAAUGCGGAAACUGAACAAAUGCUUAAAAUUAAAGGAUACAAACGGAUUUACAAAUAUAAGUGAGUUUAAAUUCUCAAAGUUGUAUUUUAAUGUAUCAUAUUAAAUAUCAGAUAUUUACUUGAGCUUCUUUGAAUAUUUUUUAUUAAAUUCUUUAUCUAAAUUUUCUCUAAAAUUGUGAAGUGUGAUAUAAUAGUAAUAUAGGUACUAUAAAUUGCUAAAGUUACAUCUUUUUCAGAUUAAUUGCUUUUUUCUACAGCUGUUACGUAACAGAAUGAAAAUUAAUGUAAAACUUAAUCGAUGAAAACUAAAACCAAUUUAAUAUUAUUAUUUUAUAAUUAGAUAUAAAUGCUGGUAGAUACUGGAUAGAUACCAACUGGGUAUGGGUGUGCCAUUGGUGCAGAUGGGAAGUUGGGAAAGUAAAAUAGGUACAUAAAGUUAUUUAGUUUAAAUCUGUAAUCAACGAUAAACCAUCGCUACUGAAAAACGAUUCUGAGCGAAAAUCGAUAAUUUACAAGUAGUAAUAACACAUAGGAAUAGCUCAGUAAAGUCAUUUAUGGUGUCAUAUUUAAUAGUUUAUAUUUCCUGUUUUUUAUUGUAUGUGUGUAUGUUAUCCAGCAGUUGCUUAUUAAUUAGUAUAACUGCAGUUUAAUUUUCUGAUGAGCUACUGCUAAUCCGUUAAUAGUAAUUUAGAAUACUUAUUAAGCAACAGUAGGAAGAUUACUUGUGUGUAAGACACUGAAAACCCUAAUUGUACUAUCAUAAUAAUAUUGUCAAAUUACAUAACGUCAUAACUCAAGGUCUAGUUGUCCGUAAAUUAUAUAGUAGGAAUCAGACGUGUAGAAUUUUUUUCAUUGAUAUUGCACCGUAGGGUAUAACAAGUGACGUUAUACUACCUAUCACCUAUGUAGAUAAAAUACACGGACGACAUUGACCUAGACGUAUAUAUUCAAUCUCAAUGUUCAAAUUGUUCCCGGACGUGAUUUGACUGAAUUAUUGACAUUUAAUAUCUUCAGUUUUUUAUGAUAGACAGGUAUUUUGAAUACGACAACAGCUGUUCUGUGACUUACAAUUAAUUUUUUUUUUGCUGUUUGAAUUUAGAGAAUUUUAAAUUCUAAGCGGAGCGAGGAAUCUAUUGAUUUUAUAAUGAUGUUUAUUUAUUAUUAUUUUUUUUUAUUUACAAACAACUUUUCUCCCAGAAAUUUUGUUCCGAUUUUCAGUUGUAGCACUUUUUUUGAAUGGGAAUCUGAUUGGGAUGGUACUUUAUUGAGGUCAUUUUUUGAUUUUCCUAGUUUUCAUAGUAGAUGAAAAAAUAGCGGAAAAAAACGUAGGAAAAACGAGAAAUUUUAUGACAUGUAUUACUUUCAAAUCAUAAAUAUUAAGGCCUUUCAUAACAUGUACAACCGAACUCCACGCCGCCCAGAAUCGUUUUUCAUUACCAAUGAUUAAUCUUUCCGUACAGAUAUACAUUAAAUGUCCUUUCUACCUUUCCACCUUCUCAUCUAUAACUGUGGCCAAUCCAUCUUGCGAAUUAUGUCCACUUGUUGUUAUCAAGGUUAUACAGAGUGUAAUUGGACUAUUUGACAUUUUUACAUUGCAGUUAUAUUUAAACAUCCAUCUGUAAUCAUCGGUUACACCCUGUAUAUUAUAUUAAAUAUAAAUUGUAGAAAGAAUGCAAUGUUUUAAAUGGUACCUUAAUAAUAUACAAAUUUAGUUUCGAUAUUUAAAAUUUUGUUUUGACCGUAUCGUAGAAUUUAUUGGUUUUAUUAUAAUAUGAGGUGUGUAUUUUUUUCGCCCGUAAACAACUUUUUUAUCAGAAAUUAUGCUCCAAUAAAAAAUUACAAGGUACCUUUUUCGAUUGAAUCUAGUUGGCUCAUUCGGGAGGGAGGUCAUUUUUUGUUUUUUCAAACAGUUUUUAUGAUAAUUGGGAGAAACAAGAAUAUAUAUAUAAUCAAUCAUAAUUUGUAAUUAGUAUUUCUGACAUAACAAAUUUGAACACAAUGUAAUUGUUUUUUUACGAAAAUUCUAAAAAUACACUGCAUUUUACAUAAUAUUUUUCGAUUUAUAUGAAUAUAAAUUUUUAGCUAAGUCAAUGUGUUAGAAAAUUUAACACGAUGUUUAUCAUUAGUUGUAUUUGAUGAUUGUAAAUUUUAGCGUGAUGUAGUCAUUUUAUUUCUGUUCAUCACCACGCGUUUCCUAUUUACAUAUACGUUUAAAUAUGUGCGAAAUUUAAUUUUGGGAUCAUUUAAGUUUCCUCUCAUUGUUAAGGUCCAUUUUGGAACGGUCUCAUUGUAGUAUUACGUAUCUUAAAAAUGAUUAUUAAAUACAUAAACUCGAAUGGACAUUAACAAUUUAAAUGGCUAAAUGGCAUUAUACAAAUAAUUACGAUUUAUGAUUGAAAUAUAUAUAUUUUGUAUGUUGUAUUACAUAAAAAUUAAAACUAUAUAUUGGUUUUAUCUGAACACCUCUAUAAAUAAAAACCUUUAUUUUUAAUAAUCACAAAAUUUUCAUAAUGAGAAUUAAUUAUUUAAUGAAGUUUGUUCAAUUUAACCUUAGAAAAAAUUGCACAAAAAUAGCUUAACUUAAAAUAACGCUAAUUAAUGUAAGAAAAAUCUUGAAUUAUACAACAAACAUUGUUGCGGAACUUCAGUUACAUAUUAUUUAUUACAUAAUAAAGAAUUAAAUUUGUUUUAUACUGACAUUUAAGGUGCAUAUUAACCACCAUAUAUUGUCGUCUGCAUAUUAUGAACACAGUAGGAAUACCUAUACCUAUUAUUUAUAACUUGAACUUAAGUAUAGGUAAUAUUUUACAUGAGACUAUUGAUGCGAAAUGUCUAAUUAAAAACUUAUUUACAUUCAUUUUACAUAUUAGUAUAUUCUCAUUUCAUUUAAAAAAUAACAUCUCGAAAAUGUUGAUUUGUUUUUUCUGUAUGAGGAACGUCAUGAAUUCUAUAAUUAACAGUUCUUCUUGGAAUAUAAUUCUAUGAAUUUAUGAUUCAAAAACCAAAAAAAAAUGUAGACAAUUUAACAAUAAUAUUAUAAACACAGUGAGAUAAUUAAUGUUAGAUACUCUGUAGAUUUUGACGCUAUCCAUUUAUUUUUUUUUCGUUAUAUUGUUAGUAUUAUAAAUCAAAUAAAUAUACAAUAAUGAUUUUAAUUACUUAUAAAUAAAUCACUUAAAUUAGGUAAUAUUUUAUGCAACAAUUUAAUAACUUGUGUUAACACUUAAUUAUAAAUUAUUUCCUAUUGAAAUUGAGAACAUUUUAGCAAAUAUUUAUUAGUUGUUAUAUACCUAUACCACAUCAUUAUGCUAAUAUAAUAUACUUAUUCUUGCCACAAUUUGUUGUUAUUUACAUAUAUAAAAUGAUAUUAUAGGCUAAAUCCAAUUAUGAAGUCAAGUGAUUGAAGAUUGUGUAAUUUUUGACAAUACCUUAUGCGCCUUUGAAAAUCUAAAUAUUUAUUUUUAGCUGAUACUAUUCAGGAAAUUUAGUAAUUAAUUAAAAAGGUUCGGAAAAGGGGAUUUUGGGAAAAUUUACGGGAAUCAAACUUCACUCUUUCUAUUUUUAUAGUAAAGCUACCAACAUUUAUGAACAUACAGCAAGAAUCUAUGUUGUAGCGUAUUUAUUUUCACCACUAUCGAUAAUUUUUCAAUAAGUAAAUGAAAAACAGAAAGUUUCCAAACAGGGGACUAAUUAUACUUAUUUAUGCUAAGAAAAAAAUAACUACCUUUCGACAUAGAUUAAUUUUGGCAAUUUAACUAUAAAUAUGAUGUAAGAAAACUUGUCCCGCGGAAAAUAGUUUUCACAGUCAAUAUACUUUAUUACGUACCUACUAUCUAUAAGAAAUUAUAAUAUAAUUUUUUACAUUAUUCAUACGUUCAUACAAAUUAUAAAAAUUAAACACAAUAAUCCAAUUCAUAUAGUAUAUUAACUAUUUGGUUAGGUUCGGUAUACCGUAUACGUAUAUUUGUAUACAGGUAUACUGUAAAUGUGUAAUCACAUUAAUAGUGCCUUCAGUGAAUCUAAUAUACCAAAAACCUAUAAAGUGAAAGUAAAAGUAGUAGGUAUUACCAACGAAGAGUACGUAUAAAUUCUAACUGGUUCUACAUGAUAUGUCUAUGAUUAUUGUACAUUCCAUGUAUGUUCCCUGACAGUAAAUUGCCUUAAAAGGAAAUUUAAUUAAUAGAUUACUUAUCAUCUAUUUUGUAAGAAUUAUGUUCAACAAUUAGGUGUGACAUAAAAAACUACUUAUUUGAUAAAUAUACGAGUAGAAAAAAAAUACGAUUUUCUCUUAUUAUAAAUUACACUAUUUUCGUUAAAGUUAUGAAAUAUCUAUACUUAUUUUAUUUAUUGAUAUAUUAUAUUAUAUUAUACAAAAAAUUUAGCACAUCAUUAAGGCAAAUCUAUGAUUUUUUAUGUCCGUAAAAAAAAACUAUAAAAAAAAUAGUGAAAUUGUGUUUCCAAAUACUCAAUACUCACUAUUAUACGCUACUAUUGCCAACAAUUUUGAUUUGCCAGUUCUUACUUAAAAUUUCUUAAUAUUCUAUUGACAAACACAAUCGAUUCCAUAAUUUUAUAUUAUAUAUCGUUAAAACACUUUAAAGUAUACUUUUUUUUUCAAUUAAUCGACAUCAGUGGGGGAUCAGUUUUUCACAUUGUUAUCCCACUAGUACCAUCGUUUAUUAAUGGGUAUAAUUAAGCGUUUUGGAAAAUCCUGUUUUCCUCUUUGCGGAGCUGGCUAACACAGUUAACAAUGCUAAUUAAAUAAUGAUGAAAGGUGAGGAUGGACCGUGUCACCUCCUAACUAAUAGAGUGCUAACUUAAAUUUUUAAGUAUACUAAUUUUCCUCACAUGUUCAUAUAAAUAAUUAUACUAUUUAUUAAACAACGUUAUUUUUAUAUUAAAUAUUGUAAAUCUAAAUAGAUAUCUAUUGAUAACGUUUUUAUAGAGUAGAUGUGUCUAAUAGACAAGAAGUGUUGGAUGCUGCGAACUUAGUGAAACAACAAGUUGGCAAUGUCACAGUAUUAGUAAAUAAUGCGGGUAUUAUGCCGUGCAGGCCAAUGUUUUUGCAAAGCCAUGAGACAAUCGAAAAGAUAUUCAACGUCAACGUUUUAGCUCAUUUUUGGGUAAUACGUUAAAAUAAUUAGAAAUAUUAUUAUAUUAUAGACAACCAAUUAUAUAUUAUAUACGACAAAAAUACACAUUUUUUUUUUUCAGGCUUUGGAAGCAUUUUUGCCAAGCAUGAUCGAAAAUAACCAUGGUCACGUAAUUGCUUUGUCUUCAAUGUGUGGUGUCAUCGGACUCCCAAACGUCGUACCAUAUUGUGCAUCAAAGUUUGCUGUAAGAGGUAAUAAUAUAAUAAAUUACUCAUUUCUAUGAUUUUUUUAAUUGGAUUUCUUAUCAACGUGUAACGGCACAUAAUAUUAUGUCAAUAUAUAGCGAACUCUCUCUUUUUUUACCUCAACUAUAUAAUAACCAUUCAAGAUUUUAGCGUUAUUCAAGGAUAUUAUAGUCAAGGACCAAGGUCAUAAAAUGAGAAUAAUUUAUUCAGUUGUUAACGUUAUAUAAUAAAAUAGUUUGUAUAUAAAAAUAUGUAAAUCGCCUAUAAAUGUAUUCACUUAGAAAGUAUUUAUAAACUAUUUACAUGAAAAUAUUAAAAACCAGUUAUCAAAAUAGGACAAUAUAAAUAAUACGUAUAAAAUAUAUUUAUGAAUGCAGUAAAUUUAUUAAAUAAAGUUGAACUAAUAAAAUUAUAGUGUAAUACAAAUUAAAUGCCAAAUUAUGUCAUAUCCAUAUGGGCUAUCUCAGUUUUACAAACUUAUGAAAACAGUAUGAACAUUAUUUGUGUUGUACUUUAGUUUUUUUAGACAUUUUAAUUUUGAAAUGAGAUAUGAGUAUCAAUGUAAAAUUUCAAAAGUAUUUUCAUCUCCCUUAUUAAUUAAAAUAACGUAACACUGAUAAUGUUCGCUUCUUUAAGCUUGAUAUUGGGUUAAUAAUAGAAGGCCUCAUCUUUAAAAUUUGUUUUCUUUGUUAGUCAUGUAUGCAGACCCGUAGCUGGAUCAAUUUUUCAGGGGUGGCAAACCGAGUUAUAGAGUUAUAAGUUAUACUUAUUUAAUAUAACGAUUAAUCCGAAAAUGGUCGUUUUCCGAUAAAAAUUCCAAGAAGAAAAAAUAACUGCUCUUUGAUGGGGAAAUGCCCUCCCUAUUGUCCCCCCAUAGUUACGGGCCUGCAUACAUGUAACACAACAACAAAAGCAACCCUCAUUUUCAGAAUUGUACGACCUACUGGUUUAAGGCAAAAGGGCCUAUUAUACAUUUUAAAAAGAAGAAUAUUUACUAUAUAUCCUACGAAUUUAUUUUUUCAUAUUUUAAUUUUUUAUCAAGAUAUACGUCUUUUAUCUAACUAAAUAUCACUCAAUUUCAAACAUUAACAAUUUAUUUAAUAAAUUAAAAUAUUAAAAAACCAUUUGUAAAGUCUAUAUAAAAAUCUUCUUCUUUAUGAAAUGCAUAAUAAGUUAUUUUGCCUUAAACUCGACCAGAGAGUUACAAUUGCGAAAAGACAAAUGCUUUUUCAGCUGAGUAUAUAUUACACGCGAGACAGAAAAAAUAAAUAAAUUAUGCAGUUCCGUUAAAUACAGGCGUGGCUCCAGAGAGGGCACUGAGGUCAUGCCCUCCCCAAAGUUUUCCAAAAAUUUUAAUUUUUUUAAUACACAUUAUUCUCCUUGUGAACAGUAAAAUCCCGAUUAUUUAAUUAGAUACAUACCAAUUUUAUUUUGGCUGAAAAACUCAUAUUAUUAUGAUAUUAAUAUAUUAUAUAGGAACAUGUACUAAUUUGGGAAAUCACCAUUAUUGAUCGACGGACGGUUUAUGUACCUAUAUUAAAUAUUUGAUAUAAGAUAAAGCAUAAGAUUAUUAAUAUAUACACUAUACGCGUAUUAACUAUCGACGUAUAAUUAUUAUUAUUAUUUUUUUUUGCUGUAGCAAUGUCAGCGUAAAAACAUUUUUAUCGGGAAUCGUUUUUUCCGAGGUCAUUUUUGAUUCAACUAUUAUUACCUUACCUAACCGGUGAUUACUUAUUAUAAGUUAGGUGUGACUCGGAUACGGAUUUCCGCUGGGGGGCUUCAGGGGGUGGAAGCUAGAGACCACGCCCCCCCUAAGCUCGUAUUUUUGUUAUAAACAACUGUAUUAAAAAAAUAAACGUAUAAAAUAUGUUUUUAAUACAGUUUUCUGAAAAAUAAGAUUUAGGCCCCCUUCAACCAAGUCUCCGGAGCCGCCCCUGGUUAAAUAUGUAUAUCAAUUAAUAAGUACCUACUUGUACGUAACAAUAAAUUAUAACAAAUCAUACAUGUAAAAAUAAACCGACUCCAUUAGAAAAUUGAAAUAACAACAAAUUAAUUAGAAUAUCUACUGAUGUUUCUAAUUAUGUUAUAGGUAGGUACUGUAUUUUAAUUAAUUUCACACAUAUUAUAUCCAAAUGAAAUAAAAUAUAUAUUUUAAAUUCUCAACAUUUUUUAAAGUAGCAUAACAAUUAAUAUGACACAUUGACACAUAGAUAGCAUAUAGUAAUAGUAGUAUAAAUAUAUGCAAUUUUUUUAGUAUACCUAUUAUUCUUCGGUUUAUUUAUCGUGUAUUUAAGCAAUUACUAAAAUAAUGAAAAUCGGAAAUGUCUCCAAUAAUGAUUGCAUAAAGUUUGAAAUUAAAUUAAUAUUGAUUUUUAAAAUUUAAUUAAAUACAUUGCUUCCUUGAAAUAUUGUAUAUUAUUGGGCUAGUCUGAAACAUAAAACACUUCUUUAAAAAUAUUAAAAAUAGUCAAAUAUUUGUUAAGUAGGUAUUUUGUAUAUAUUUGACGUGUAUUAAAAAUCUGUAUGAUGUUCGCAUGACAUUGUGAACAAUGAUAUAAGUUUGUUUAUAAAAUAAUAAUAAAUGACUUUAUAGAUUCUUGUUCAAUAUUAUUUAACGGUUAGUAAAAUAUUUUAGUAACAAUACGUUAAAAAAUAACGGGGUUUCACGGAUCAUUUAAAAAAACAUUGUGUUUGAACCAGCUUCAUAAAAAAAUAUUACCCACAUAAAAUAAGUAUGUCAUCGUAAUACAUUUCAUUAUUCACCUACAAUGUUAGUACCACAGUUGUAAUAUGUCAAAUUUAUUAGAAUACUAUUUAUUUUAGGAUAAUACUAAUAAUUUAAUAUUGACAUACAUUUGCUUUUUUAUAAAUAUACACUGAAUAUAUUAUACAAACAUUGUAAUAUUAUUCUUUGUUUACGUUUAGGACUGAUGGAGGCAUUGUAUGAAGAAUUACGAGUUGGAGAUACAAAAAAUAAAAAGUCUGAAAUCAAAUUCACUACAGUUUACCCAAUAAUGGUAAACACAGGACUAGUUAAGAAACCUAGGAAUCGGUUCCCUUUCUUGUUGGACAUGCAGGCACCAGAAAAAGUUGCCAAUAUUAUAGUAAAAUCGAUGAGACGCAAUUACAAAGAAGUCAGUAUACCUUGGAUGUUAAUGCCUCUAGAUCGGAUAUCCAGGUACUGUUACAGCACUUACAGCAAUUGGCUGAAAACGAUAUUUAUCUGAACUUUUUAACAAUGUGAUUAAACGCAGUUAGUAGUGGUAUAACAUAAAAUCAACCUCAAUAGAUUUCGAAAACAAUACACUAUGAAAUGUUGUAGAAUGUUGCCAUAGUUAUUAUUAAUUUGUUUUAAAAAAAAAUGUUGAUAAUUAAAGACCAAGAUCUUUUCCCAUCCCAGAAUUUAUAAUUUUGACAUAAUUUUGUAAAUAGUGUUAGAUCGUGGCUUAUGGUCACUCUUAUGACAAAACAAACCUAUACUAAUAGUGAACAAGUGUUUAGGUGAAUUGAUGAAUUUGGAAAUUGAAAAAAUAAAUGUUCAGUGUAGCAACAUCACAAUAUAAAAACUAUAUUUAAUAUACUCAAUUUAAUUCAUGGAUUGUGCCAAAUUUUUGAAUCAAAAUCGAUUUUAUUAUGUUCGUUAUUUAAUACUUGGUACAGUUAAUUUCGUGUGUAAUUCUCUAUUAAAACCAAUAAACUGAUUUCGUAACGUGAUUAUAAAUAUUGUGAUCAUAUUGAUUUACAGAACAGUAAAGUUUUCAGUUUUUUUAAACUGUUUUUCUGUAUCUCAUAUUAUUAAUAAUAUUAUAAUAUACUAUAUGGUGUUUUGUAGACUGUUGCCCGGAAAGUUUAUUCAAAACGUAAAAGAUUUCAUCGACACCGGUUUGGACCCUCACACUGACGAAUUCUGAUAUAGUAAUUAUUAUAAUUAAAAAGUUUUAAAAAGACUUUGGUCUUAAUUUUUUUUUUUUUUUUUUUUUUUUUUUUUAAAAUUUUUUUUUUUUUUUUUUUUUUUGUCAACACAUUUUUUAUAUUUUAUUUGUAUUCAAAAAUUAUCACAGUCAUUAUAUUCUAUUUUAAGAUAUUUAUGGUUAUACAUAUUUAUACGUAUAUAUAUAUAUAUAUUAUUAUAAUAUUAAGUGUAUAGGUAUAUUUAAUAUGAUAGUUGUAUAAGUAAUUUUGUAAAACAUUUUUGUAUAUUAAAUACAUAAGAUUUAAUUUUGAAAAAAUGUAUACAAUUUCCAAGUGAAAUUAUAUAUUUGGUUGUAAAAAUGUACACAUUCAUGUCAGAUGAUCGAUUAAAACUAAUGUGAUACACAUUUAAUAUAUGUAUCAGUAACACCUAAUCUAUAUUUUUAUGGUGUAGCAGAAUGUUAAAUUCAAAACCAUUAUCCAUUUCAAAAACUUUUGUAUCUAAAUUAUUUUACUACCUAAAAACUAAAAUUAUAACUUUUGAAUGUUACACCCAUUUUAAACGGCUAUCCCAAAUUCUAAUCACCGGGAAAAGCCACCCAGCCAAAAUAUGACGUGUAGGGUGUAGAGGCGUGAUUACAGGGGGGGGGGAUAUGGGUGAAACAUUUCCCUCCCCAUUCGUCGUAUUCAUUUAGUAUAUUGUUAUUUUAUACAAAUUGGAAGUUUAAAUUCAAAUUUUCAAAACUAUUAUGAAAUUCAAAAAUUAUAAAUGUUUAAUUUUAUUUGUAGUACCAAAAUAUUCAUGUUUUAUUAUUAUAUUAGGUAAAAAAUAUUCUUAAUAGUUUAUGUCAUAAUAAAAUGUAAAUUUCACUUUAAGCUUUACACACUACGCGUUCGAAUGUUGCGAUUUUGAAAACGCCGUUUAAUAGAAAACUUCCGAGCUAUGGUGAUGAGUUAUUAAAUGUUAGUAAUGGGAAGGUUAUGUGGGGUUAACCUCCCACGAAAUUUCCAUGAAUAAUUUAUUUUAAUAUCUCCUCUUAAAAUAUUCUUAAUUACGCCACUGGUAGGGUGUAGCAACUGCUACAUUCGAAGUAAAGUUUGGGCGCCACUGAUUUAUAUAAGGUUGUUCCCAUACACUUUAGCAGUAUGCGGUACAGUACCGAUACGGUGGUAAACAAUAUAUUUUCAACUGUGCGAUAUGUUAUACCAUCGUAGCUUGAUCUGAUUCUCGAUACGGGGUACAGGACGAGGAAAUAUCGUACCGAAACGUUUUUCGGUACCACAAUCACACACUGCUCCGUUACGAUAUUAAACAAUCAUUGAAUUAUAAUAAUAUUAUAAAAUAAUUAUAAUUUAAAAUUCUUAAUUGUUUUUAAUAAAUGUGUUUUAGAUUCGGAGCUUAACGAGUGACCUAUUGGUUUUACUAUAUGUGUGUGUAUUUUUUUUUCUGUUUGUGAAUAACUUUUCUACUAGAAAACUUGUUCCGAAGUAUAGACUAUAGUACUUUUUCUGAAAAGGUAAUUUUCUCUAGUUGGUGCAUUAGUUCAUUUUUUGAUUUUCUAAGAGGUUUUCGAAAUAAUCGGGAAAAACUGAAAGUAAAUUAUAGGUAAAACGGCAAAUACUCACGGCGUUACUAUUUUCAUUGUUUUUAUUAUGUUAACACGAUGUUUUCUAUCAGAAAUAUUGCUUCAAUCUAAAAGUGACAAAAGAUCGAUUUUGUUCAUAUUAAUAUUUCACUUAUAUUAAUUCUUCACUUCAUUUAGAAAAAAUCAUUUUUUUAUAUUUAAAGUAGGUUUAAUGAUAAUUUGAAAAACCCGAAAAAGACAAAAUAUACGAUUUUUUUCAAAUUACGACACAAGGAUUUCUUUAUUUUAAAUUUUUACGGCUUAUGUUUUUUACCAUUAAUAUUGUUCCAAUUAUAAAACACCAAGAGAUUUUGUAGUUGUUUAUAGAUUUUCAUUGUAGUUUCCUUAAUAAUUGAGCAAAACCGAAAAAAAAAUGCAGAAAGUACGGGAUAAUGGACAAAAAUAAUUAUUUAUUAUUAUUAUAAAUUUUUAAAUGUUAUUUAGUUUAAUAUAUUCAAAAGUAGUGGACAUUUCGAAGAAAAUUUUAUAUUUACUUUUUUUAGACGAGGUAAAAUUUUCUAAACAUUUGUACGUAAUUUUUAUUCGAUAGGUAGGGUGCUGGAGACAUAUAUAUUAGGUCUUCGGCAUCCCUUCAGUACUUUCGAUAUUAUUCGGAUACUAGUUUCGAACAAAUUCAUAUAAAUGACGUACAAAAUAUUUGAAUACGAAUUUUCGAGAAUUUGAUAGGUGGGGCUUGGAAACAUGUACGUCUUUGAAACCAAUGUCUUUUUACAAAUUACAAUUUCCGAUUGAAAGUUAUAAGGAUUUUUGACUUUGAAUUUUAAUUAAAAAUAAUAUUAAUUCUAACGACUGGUGCAAAAUUUAAUGUUUACAUAAAUUUUUAGAAUAAUAUUAUAAAAAUUAUGAAUUAAUAACAAAUAAAAAUGGACCUAUAAAUAAUAUUAUAAUAUAAGCAAGAAUAAUAAACGAAUAGAGCAAUAAUAAUAUAUAAAUUCGUAUAAACGGGUAAUCUGAUCGAAAAUACGGUUCAAGGGAAGAAGGAGCUAUUACAGACAAUCAAGAAAACAAUUAAGUUAUUACUAUCGAAAAUAUACCUAUAUAAUAUGAGAACAUGGACGAUGUUUCGAUAGUUUUAGUCAGGUGGAACAUUAAUAAUAAUGCGCUUUUUUUAUCCAAAAUAGUUUAGAAAAGAAGAAAAGGAGAAAGAGUCAAAAGUAUAAAAUAUAGGUAAUAUCGAUGAUGUGGGGGAAUAUAUAUUCGUUUCUGAUACAAGCCAAGAAAUCGAUCAUAUACAUAUUAUAGGAUAACUUUAAUGACCGUUCCAUUUGUAUAAUAAGUAAUACAUAUAAUUGUAAUUGUACAUAAUUAAAACUUAUUGUAUAAACCGCUGCAAUAGAAGAAUUGGUAACAACCACUGCAUUAGGCGUUCAAGAGCUGACAAAUUGGUCAUAAUUGUUGUCGACCAUGAUUGAGUCCAGAUAUUGUUGAACCAGUCUCAUCAUAAAGUUCUUAUUGAUAACAAACGGCCAAAACGUAUCCAGAUAGCCGACGUGACCCCCGGCCGAAGUCACCAGUAUGGCCACGUUGCUGCGUUCGUCUGCUUCGCCCGUGGGUAUGUCUACGUAAAACGGAUAAACUUGUCAAUUAUUUGUUAUAUAAUGCAUAUUAAAGCUGUCACAGUGUGUCUACUAAAUACUAUCAUAAAUUAAAUAUUGUAAUGUUAUGCGCACAUAACAUGUACAAUUUAUUAUUUAUAACAGUGUGACUAAACGAUUCUAAUGCGGCUGAGUACUUGGUAUUCUCUAAUUAAAAAGUUAAUAAUUUAAUAAAUAUAACGGAGCAUUCGCUGUUCGAGAGGGACACAUAUUAUAUUCUAUAUAAACAAAAUAUUUAAAAAUGGGUCAAAUAUAGAAGAAAUUUACGACAUCCGAUUGAACCCUUCGAGGACACUGCCACGCUGCCACCACAGUCGUACUUUGAAUAUUAUUAUAAUUUCCAUACAAUAUUCUAAUAAAUAUAAUUAUAAUAUUAGUUAUCUUUUAUCGACACCAACGCGAAGGCCUCAAAUAAUAACGGUUUUCUCAUUGUUCGAGAAGAAUCUAUAUCCCAUUUAUUACUUUCAUUAGAAAUAUUUCAUUACGAGUCAAAUAAAAAUAGAGUUAUAAGACAUCUGUUAAUGGCACUUUUGUUGUCACACUCCUACACUAGGUACCCUCAUAAUUAUAAAAAUCAAAUAUAACGGUUUUUUCACAGAUACUCGAGUGUCUUGACCGCUCGACAAAUUCCAAGACGACCACUUUGUCGAGAACCUUGUACUUAACAAGUAUGCACCAACUCCUUUUGAAAAUCCCUCUCGAAUAGCUCCGACUUUUAGCAACUAAUCACUCGUGUUUGAUUUCUUUAUUAUUAAUUCUUUUUAAACAAAAGGAAAAAAAAAAUUAAAUUAUUAUUAUUUAACCUUUUGUUUUCCUAAUUUAAAUAUUAAUGUUCGUUAUUUAAGUGCACGCAGUUUCAAAGUGUUGAAUACUUAUAGGUUUAUAACUUAGGAUAUUUUAAUUGAAUUGUGACUACCGUGCAACGACUUCUGCAGGAUCACGUGAGGAUAUCUACAGGUAUAUAGUCUAGUGUUCCAACACAGCGAGCAGGUAUAAAACAAUAUUAUAUUUCUAAUUUAUUGAUCUCGUCACUAUUCUCAGGUUCACGACUCUGAAUCCUUUCAAACAUCAGGAGAAAAGUAGUGACAUAAUUAUUAAGCUGAUUACCUCUUUUUCGCCUCUAGAAAUUUUUACCUCCCUAAAUUAUUAUCACUUAUAUAUCGGCUCCUUAAUCUUUGCGUAUAUUUAAAAAUUAUUUAUUCUUUGUGCUACCAUAUAAAGUGAAAAUAUUUGUUUUAUGUAUUUAAAAUUUGGUAAUUACUUUUUUGAGUUACUACAUAUUGUAAAUAUUCAAUUUAAUUUGGAUUCAGGGAGGAAAGGUUACUCGAAUAUCAAAAAAUCCAAAAAAAUAUACGCAUGCACUCAUCGAUAUCCGUAAUUCGAAUAAAGUACUACUACUACUAAGGACUAGUACUGCAGGUAUUGCUAGUACAAGUAUAUUAACCGAUAUAUCCAUAAUAACCGGAUAACCAAUAUCAUAACUAAUAUUAUAAACAUAAUAUUUUAGAAUACAAAAUAAAAGAAUAAAUGAAAAAUCGUAAAAUCAGGAUUCAGAAAAAUUAGUUGGAGUAGAGCUGAGCACAUAAAGAAGAAAAUAGGUGAAGAGAAAUAUGAAAAAAAAAAGAGUUGAUCCUGCUGAUGGGUACACCACUGAUUUAGGUGGGAAGUUGGGAACGUAUUGGAUACAUAAAGAUAUUUAAUUAAUAUUUGUAUGUAUGCAAUAAUAAACCAUUGCUAAAGAAAAACGCUUAUUCAAAUUUCGAAAAUAAAAAUCCGGAUUUCAUCGGUAGUGGAUUCCGAGUCCUUAUGCUAAAUAAGUACCUUUGAAAUACAGAAAAGGGUCGUCAGCUGCACUCAGUCCCAAACACGGCACCUUGAUCCUCUGCAGUUUGCCAUUUAAAGUCGCGUCCUUGUAAUACUGAUACACGUCUGUAUAGUUGAAAAUCUUGAUCGUGUACUCCGUGUCAAACUGUCGAACUGUGUUGCUCUGCAAUAUGUUUAAGCCAGCUAUGUGAUAACCAAAGGCAGAGUUUAUGGGAACAUAUUAUGGAGUAGAUUGAAAGAAAUAUUUGGAGAUGUGAAAAUAAGAGUACGUAUGACUCGUAUGAGUAGUAGGUGACUUGACCUGAUCUCACUUGUAUGAGACAAUUUCGAUAAUGACUAUGAAGAUUAAGAUAAAUAAGACAUAAAUAAAUAAGACAAUAAAUAAGAUAUUCACGUUUACAGAUUAUUGUGAUAAUAAAAUAUUAUAUCACCAUGUUCUUGUUUGGUGUUUUUAUAUUUAUAUAACACAUAGUAAAUUAGUAGUAGUUUUACUACUAGUUAUUAAUAGUAGUUAUAAAUGUAUAAUAAUUAAUAACGCGUGAAUAGGUUCUACGACUUACAACAUAUUUGGGAUUUGUUCUAGAAAAUGGGCGUACUACAAUAAUUUGGUUUGAAAUAAAAAUAAACCUUAUCAAAUCAAAGUAUUUGAGUCAUACGUGCCAAUUUUAAUUCAGAGGAAAAAUUAGAAUCGAAUUUAUGGUCAUAUCUACAUAAAUUAUUUUAUAAUUAAUAUCCACGAAGCGUAUUAUUAAAGUUCCGAGCAUUUAACAUGACUAUAAAUUGUUAUUAUUAUAAGAAGUGAUUUUUUACGCAUACUACUGUGCUCAUUCGUUCAAAAACCAAAACUUAGCCAUAAAAUAAAACAUAGGGAUAUCGGAUAUACAUUUUUAUUUUAAUAUUGUAAGUUAUAGGUUAAUAUAAUUUGUAAAAAUAAAAGGAGAAACUGACUGACUGACUGAUCUAUUAACGCACAGCUUAAUCCGCUGAGAUUAGAUACUUGACAUUUUGACAAUAAGUACCUGUUUUACUAUAAGUAUGCCACUAAGAAUUGAUUUUUCAAAAUUUCACUCCCAAUGGGGUAAAAUAGGGGAUGCAAUUUUGCAUGAAAAUGUCAUUUUUGAAGUUAUAAAUUAAAAAGGAUACUUCCUUAAUGGAAGUACCUUUUUCAAAAGACACAUUAGUAGACAACUACGAUUAAUUGUGAUAGGGAUAAGAUCAGAAACGGAGAGACACGUUAAAUUAAAUAUCUUUUUUUAUUAAUUUCUGUUGUUGAUAGGUUUGAUGCGGAGAAAUACCGGGUAAUUCAGCUAGUCUAACCAUAAAUCAAUAGUAUCCAAUAUGUUAUUUCUUAUUAAUUAUUAUAUAUUAUUAUGUUACGGUGGACCAUAAUAGUAAUAGCUAAUAAUAUUUUUAUUGAUGGUUUCGUAACGUCGCAUGCCGGGAGAUCGCUAAACUGUAUAAUGAUUAAAACAAUAAGAUACAGUACUGGGCACUACCAGCCAUAUUUAUGCAAAACUUUCCCGUAUGCAGGGUGCUAAUUUAAUAAUGCGCACUGUGCAGAUUUUACAGACACGCGAGUUAAUUUAAUCUGAAAUCACUAAAUUAAGUGUUGAUAUUAUAAUUUUCAUCAAUCUGUUGGCGAUAAAAAUUAGCAUGUAAUAUCAUUGAAUAUUUUUUUUUAACAAACUGUGGGAGGGUUAUUGUUUUGUAGAAAUUAAUGAAAACAACUUACUGUAUUUAUGUUUAUAAAUUUUACUUAAAUUAAUUAUUUAUACGUUCUUAAGAAAUAUUAUUUAAAUAAUUGUUCAUAAAGAUUGUGACGAUUAAUAUUUAUAAACCAUAAAACAUUGUUUAUGAUGUAUAAUAUAAUUACCAUCAUAACCUACAUAUAUAAAGGACAUAGAAUAAAUUUACAUUUUGGUUUUGUACCUGUUUAAUACGGUUGUAAUUCAACGAAUAGUUAUUCUUUUGAUUGAAAAUUACAUCUUUGUUCCUAAAAUGAUACAAUCAACAAUUUUCAUUAAUUAUAAAUAAUAUAGUAGGUAUAAGUACUUAUAUCAAUAUGAAAUAUAAAAGUAAUUUAUUUUUAUGUUGUACUUCACCACGUUUUUUUUUCGGUUUUUCAAAUUUGAUGAGAAAACUCCUGAGAAAAUCGAAAAAUGACCUGCUUAAAGUACCUCCCCACGCCGAUUCCUUUCAGAAAAGGUGAUACACGUAGAAAUCCGAACAAGUCUUCUGGUAAAAAAUUUGAGCACAGAUAAAAAAAAAAUAAACAUCUUUGUAAAACUAUAAGCUUCUUCGCUUCACUCAGAAUCUAAAAUCAGAUUUCAAACAUGUAUAACCGAACUUCUCGUUGAUUGUUAGUAAUGGUUUAUUGUUGUAUACAAAUAUAAAAUAAUUUUUUAUUACGUUGUAAACUUUUAGUUAUUAUUAACUUUUAAGUAUUAUUGCUAAUCAUUAUACUAUUUAGAAAUGUAUAUGUAUUUUGCCGUCCUAAAAAAAACCGCCAUAAAUCGAAAAAAAAAUGUGGUUAUACUAUAUUAUGUUUAAUAUUAUGAUUUUGCACGUUUCUCUAGUAUAAUCUCAUUUUUUUUUCGAUUUACGACGUUUUUUUUUUUUUUUUGGACGGCAGUAUUAAUAUUUUGUAUGAUCGGAAUGUUUGUAACAUCGGGAAUUAGCAAUUAUAAUGUUUAAUUGUUAACGUAUUUUUUUACCUACUGUAGCAAUAUUAUAUAAAUUUUAUUUAAUAUUAAAUUAUAUUGAUUCAAUACAUAGUUUACCCAACAGUACAAAACUUCGAAUCUCCUGAAAUUAAGAGAGAAUGCAAUAUAUUCACCAAAUAAAUAAACAAUAUUUAAACUAUUUACUUUUUAAAACUACUAACAACACCUUUUUUAUAGAUAUACCCAUAAUAAACUUUUAUGGGUAAGUAUUUAAUAUUAUUUAGCAAUAUGGGUACUUAGUACCUGCUACCUACAAUUUGUUUCUAAACCAUAAUACGUGAGUUUUAAGAUUUGUAUAGAAACAAACAAUUAGGUAUAUUGUAUACAAUAUAUAUAUUAUAUAAUGAAAAUAUAUUUAAACCGGAUGGGGGAGAGGGUUUUGAUUAUAUUGGAUAAAUCGUUUUACCCCCUAGAUUUUUAUCCAGUUGUGUCAUUGUGUAUAGGUAUAAUAAUACGAUAUGGGUACAUGAUAAGUUUAUUAAAAAUAUGAUGUUUAAUUAUUUCCUUAGUUUGACACAUUUGCCACACUUUUCAAAUUAUGCAUAUGUAUAAAUAAUAAAUAGUUGAUGUCCAUCAAGUUGGCACCGGUACAUUAUAUUAGACCUAUAAAACUUAUAUCACAAAAAUUGCUAGGAAUUUGCUAAAUUUUGCUAUGAUAUUUUCAGAAUUUGCUGGUCUUCCAAAACGUUGUAAAUCAAAAUUUAAAUUGUCCGGUGCUGGGUUAAGUUAGUACCAGCAUAUUUUCUGAUCGGCUCUGAUGUUCAAAAAUUCCUAGCAAUUUUUCGAUAUAAGUUUUAUAAGCCUGGCAUAAUGUGCCUGUACCAACUUGAUGCACCUAAAUAGUUGUCUCAAAAUGUAUUAUUUUUACACAACUAAAACUUUAAAAAUAUAGGUAUUCUACUUCAGAAUUUGAAAUACAAAAUAAUAAUAACAAUUUCCAUUUAAAACGAAAACUAUUCGGUUUUUUUACAAGUAUCUUAUUUUUUGGAUGAAAAAAUAAUUGUCUAAACCUAUUGUACAUGAAACAACCGGAAGGCACAAAUCAUGUCUAUAUUAGUAACUAAACUAAAGAAACUACUACCCAAACAUAAGUUUAAAAAUAAUCUUCGAAUUUAAUAUUUUUAUGGUUUGGACACUAGUUAUUAUUUAAAGGAUUUUAACUGAAUUUUUAACGUUUCUAUUCUGAAUUGUAAUUACAUACUUACCUAUCUACUUGAAUAAAUAUUAAUUUAUCAGUAGUCAAAAUCACUCACUUGUCAAUGACACUACGCAAAUGAUACGAUAGAUUUUCACUCAUUUGUAGCAUUAGCCAAGAGGAUUCUGCGUUAUGACUGGCCUGCGUUACAUUCCAUGGCAAUGAAAUCAGUACGCCUGAUGCUAUAUAUUUUUUGUCUGCUUGUUCAUUGGACAUCAAGAAGUUUCCCAACAAUAUGCUAUAAGCAACGAUUAACGAUAUUAAAGUUUACUCGAGUGAUAUCUGAGUAUCUGUAAAGAUACUAACAAUUUGUUAUUCAUGAUAAAUAAAUUAGUUUUACUUAUGUGUCAUUUUUAAUUUCGAAAUAUAGUAUGUAUUAAUUGUUAGAAAAAUAUAUAAGUAUACAGUACGUAUAUUAUAAUGGCGUAAGUGCAUAAUGUAUUGUAGUAUCAGUGACGGAUAAAAUGACCACCAUUUAGACGAUAUUAUUUUUCAUUUAUGGAUUACAUUUCUGUUCCCCCAGUUCUUUUAAACUACAUGAUUAACAACUAUACAUUGAUACAUCUAUCUAAUAACAAUAAAUAAAUAAAAAUAUAAUUCAAGAAGUAAUUAACCAGGCCUAGAAAUCUCCUCUAAUGGAUUGUACACCAAUACGUCAUGCUGCUGUAGAAGAAAAAUAUAAUCUUUGAAAUUCUCUAAAAUACGACAUAAUCACAAAGAAAUUUCAAAUCAUUAAUCAAGAUUAAGUAAUAUAAAUAACCACCUAUGUUAUACAUAUAAUGUAAUUUAAACAAAUUCAGCGAUAGGGCUAUUCAGCGAUAACCAUUUAUCAUUGGUACGUUUGGUCUCGAUUAUUUAUAUAUUAUAAUGUGUACUACAAUCAAAGUUGUGGAAAUACACAAAGACAAUUUACCCUCCCAUUGAGAAUCCUAUUGCAGCAAUUGGACUAUUCGGCCUUUUGGACUUGACGUGUUUUAGCACUUCCGUGAGGUCUUCGAUGUUGUUCGCCGAGUACGCACGGGCAGUCUGUCGAAAUACGUUAAAUAUGUUGAAUCAUUGAAUCACGAAGUAGAUGAAUGAAAUGGGUUGAUACUUGUUCAUUUUGAGUUUUUAAUAUGUUAUUUAAUCGUAUUUUAUCGAUGCACAACUUUAAUUGAGUACGUAAACAUUUACAUGUGUAUAUAAUUUAAGUAUAGGUACUUUGAAACUAAUUAUAGUAUUUGCAUGAUUCACAACUUAUAAUAAAUACGAAUAGUCUUUCUCCAAGGCCCAAAACUUAAGCAGACCGAAUAAAUACAUAUUCAUUCUAGUAUACAAAUUUGCUUUAUAGUCAUUAAGAUAUUUGACAUCAGUAAUUGAUUGCUAAAAGCUCCUAUCAAGUCUAUAAAAUUAUAAAAUGUACGUCAUUUAAUUACUCCCAAAUUUUUAACUAUGCUAACGUAAUAUAUUUAUAUUUUAAUAGACAUAAUAUCUAUUGGAGUUCUGAAUAUAUAUCUAUUUUUGUAUAAUACGCAAGUUAAUUAAUAAAUAAUAUUAUAAAUCUUUGUCAAUAAAAGGAAGUGUCUGUCUAUGUAUUUGUUUAUUUAUAUCAUAUAGAGUAUAAAAUAAAAUAAUACAUAAUAUAUAUAAAUUUUAUAAAAUCCAAGAAAACACCUUCCCUAGUGCUUAAAUUGAAGAGGAGCGUAAGUGAAGUGGAUUGAGAUCAGCGGAUAUCACAGAUUUUAGCGUUUCCCUACACUUUAUUAAGUCAGGAACACGUUCGUAAGAAAAAUUUGUCUUUAUUUGUAUAGCGUAACCUACUGUAGUAUGCAGUGUGACAAAAUCGACUUUAUCAUGAUCUGUAGUAUUAUAAUUUGUUAUCAAAAACUUAAACUGUAAUUUUUUUGUUAAAUGUAUUUUCCCCAUAUUUCUCUCAUUUUUUUAGGGGUUUUCAAUAUUAUGAACACGGUUACAUAGACAGAAUCAACAGUUAUUAUAAUAAAUCUUAAUUAAAUGAAAAAUAAUCACUAUUCGAUGGGUAGCGUUCAUUUUAAAAGCAGCGAUUUAUAACUAUAGUUAAAAAAACAAACGGAUAUACUUCGCACGAUGGGUGGGCCAUUGUUGUAAGUGAGAAGUUGAGAAGGUAGAGGGGAAAUUUAAUGUAUAUCUGUACGCAAAGAUUAAUUAUUACUAAAAAAUAACGAUUCUAAACGGAAUUUAGUUCAUAUUUUGAAAGGCCGUAAUAUUUACAAUUUGAAAAUAAUACUUUUCAUACAUUUUACCGUUUUUCCCAUUUAUUAUGAGAAACUCCUGAGAAAAUCAUAAAAUAACCUCAUUAAAGUACUACCAUGAGAAAAUUUUCUUUCAGAAAUAGUGCUACACUUGAAAUUCAAAGCAAAAUAUCUGGUAGAAAAGUUGAUCACAGAAAAAAAAAAUCAUAAUUGUAAAACACAUUUAUUCCACGCUUCGUUUAGAAUCUAAAAUACAUUAUCGAGCAACAAUAGUCAACUGUAAUAGAGAUUGGGGUGGAAACGAAGAGUAGCGGGGAAACUCGAUUUAAUUUCUUAAAAUAUUAUAUUUUAAAAAAUUAAUUUAGAUAAAUAAAAUCAAAUUUUUUAAAUCUGUGUGGAAGAGCUAAUAAAUAAUAAUUUUAUUGUUAUUUAUAAAUGUGGAAUAUGUUUAUUUUACCUUAAGUCGCAUACCUCCUCGGCCUCUGUAAUUAAAAACUACAGAACAAUAGCCAUUUUCGAAUAGUUCAUUCACUGUUUCCCUGACGUAUUCAACCUGACUAUCGCCAGUGAUCCCUGGUAGUAUGACCACUGUGAUUAAACUAUGUGGUCCAUCAGAUUUUGGAUAUCGCCAAUCUAUAGCAACUUCGCCGCCAUCGUUUAACAUCAGGUUUUCCCUGUAGAAUAUUAUAAAAUAUUAAACUAAAACCAUGUAUAAAACGCAAAUUUAUAAACAUUUUAACGGAAAAUAACUAUUCAAAUAAUAAAACAUGUACGUUUAUUUUUUAGUAAACACAAUGUAUAUAAAUAAAAUAAAUCAAGAAAUGACCCUCUUAUAAUAUAGGUACUAACAAGGCACAAUUAUACACCAGAAAAACAUUACCUUUCAUAAUUUACCGUAUCGAUAGGUAAAGUGAUGCCUCUGAAUAGGAUAGCAACCGCUGUGUGUACAUAUCCAUUGAAACAAAAGAUUGAAGGUAAAUAUUUUUCUCUGACAACAGGUACAUUUUUAAUCAGAAAUUGUUUAAAAUCUCCAUCUUUACAGAACAGCGUGGACGACUAAAAUGAAAAAUGAAAAAAUACAAAUAUUAUCUUAAUCGAACGCCUACUAUAAUCAUUAAUACUUAAAUAUUUUUAGGUAUCUACUAUACUUCUACACAGUAUAUUAUAACUUAAUAUUAAUUACCCAAUAAAUAUUUAUAUAAUAAAUUAAUACUUUAAUAUAUAACAAAUUUGUAAAAAUGUACAUUAUCUAUAUUUGGUAUUAUCUAUACAUAAAGAAAAUCAAUGCUAAUGAACAACGAUUCUGAGAGAAGUUCAGUUAAAACUUAAAUGAUUAUAUUUAAAAUUAUAAACAUCAAAUAAAAUAAAAACAAAUCAUAAAUAAAUAAAAAUGACCUAUUAUUAAUCAUCAGUUUUUUUUAUUUUUUAUAAAAAUACUGCGAUAUAGGUACCAUGGUAUAGUUCAGAAAAGGAAAGUAAAAUAAUAUAGUAAAUGAUGUAAGCGCUAACAAGGUUAUACCUAUACCUUUUUAAUAGUAUACUCUGGUUCUUUUUUUCUUUAACUAUACGUACACGUAUGCGAUCUCGUUCUUUUAAGAAGUGGUUUCCGAUUCGACUUGUAUAACGAAAAGCAUUAUCGUUUGACAACGAGAGAUAUUUUAAAAAUUUACUUAUGAUCGAUUAUUGUAGAGAUUUAAAUAUAUAUUUCUAAUAGGAGUGUCAAUAAUAUUAUUGCACAUGAGCGCCGAUGAUAGUUAGCACGAUACCUACUAACUAAAUGAGUAAUAAAUACAUACAACGAUAAUCCGAUAAUCGGAAAACAAUUUUUAAAUGUACCUAUUUUAAAAUAAAAAGUUAUUUAAAUGAAAUUUGAAAAACAAAAAUUUGAACCGAAAUUCAUUUGAAUUUGUCAUCAGAAGUCUUGGACGGGCGACCACUAUUAGUUCAUUCAACUAUACCUUGCCAAACUAGAAUUUUAUUUUUCAAACAGUAUGUUGUGUUAUUUAUGUAAGAUAUAUGCUACAACUGAUGGAUUUCAAAAUUAUAGAGAUAUUUUGUAAGCAGUGUGUAUAAUAUUGUGACGAAUUGUAAUUAAGAUUACAUGACUCAGUGUUGUAAUCAAAAUUAUUAUGUGAUGCGAGUUGUCUGAUUUACUGUACAUUUUAUUUAGUUUGCACGUAACACAAAAUGUUUGUGGCGAAUACACAAACGAUACAUCCAAACCGGCAAACGCUGCCGUGCCAGUCAAAAAAUUAUAUAUAAUUAUGAAAAAAUAAUUAGUGUUACUUGUGUCAAUUGAAAUUCCGCUUUUUUGACUACAUAAAAAUUGAAUAGUAUAAAUAAUAGUAAUAAUAAUAAUUAUAAUAGUUUUCUUUUCCGUGGCUACCAAAGUAUCACCCGUAACACCAAGGUAACCCUUGAAUAAACAAAAAUAAAUAAAUAAGUAAUUAGAUAUUCCUAUAAAAUAUACCUAAAAACCCCUAUUUUACCCCUUAGAGUUUGAAUUUUCAAAAAUCUUUUCUUAGCGAUUGCCUACGUCAUAAAAGCUAUCUGUAUGUCAAAUUUCAGCCCAAUUCGUCUAGUGAUUUGAGCUAGGCGAUGAUGAAUUCGUUUUUCAGUAAGGACAUGUUAUUUUAUAUAUAUGUAGAUAAUAAAUUAUACUUCGUAAUAUUAAUGGUCGUAUUAAAUUAUUUAUUUUGUCUAAUUUAAUAAUUUGAAAACUACUUUGUCAUUUGGCCAAUCUAUUAUGCCAUUUAUCGUGUACAGCACCUGUAACCGUUGCUGGCAAUGAAAGGUCAUUUAGCAAAUUGAAAUUAUUUAAAAACCAUUCAAGAACAACCCAAGAAGACUUUUGGUUAAACAAUGUAAUGUUGCUUUCUUCUGAAAAAGAUUUUGUAGAUAUAGUGUCCAAUAGAUAAUAUAUUAUAUUGAGGGACGUACCGAGGUUUUUUUUUUUAGUGGUACACACAAUAAGCUAUUGUUAUUUCACCAUGAAAGCAUUUUACUGUGCCAUUUUAAAAAUAAAUAUUUUACCAUAAUAAAUUGUAACUGUAUACAUGAAGAUUCAAAAUCAAAAACAUUAAUAAUUAUUCCUACAAGCCCUAGCGCCAUCUAUUAAAAUAUUAAAUUAUAUAUUUUAUUAUUAAGUAUUUAUUAUUUUAUUGCACAUUUUUAUAAUUAAUGGUAAUGGGUAUUUUUAUAAUCUAUUAGUAUUAUAGCUUGAAUUUUUAAUUCACUUAUAUAAUUAAAACAUUUUAACUAUAACGAUAAAAUGGUUUGGACAAAAUAACAAAAACAAGUUGUUCGGAUCAAUUUUUAGAGUUGGCCAAACUACUAACUUUGGCCCCACAAUAAAAACCUCUUCGGUACGCCCCUACCGCUGUGGCAGUACGUAACCUUUACGCGAUAAUAUCGGUUUUCACAUGAAUUAGUAGAAAUUAAAACAGCUGUUACUUAGAAACUAUUCAUCGGAUAAAAAUGUGUGAUCCAUUAAAAUUUUUUGAAAAAUAAACUCUACAGAAUGGCUGUCUUAAAAUUUUCCAAAAAUAAUAAAAUAAAAAGUUAAUUUUUUAAAUUAGUUUAUUAAAAAAAAAAUGUAUUCCAAAAAUAAAUAUUUCUAGUCCUCAUCUCUGUGAAUAAUAUAAAAAAAUCAGAAUUUUAUUAUCUUUAAUACCUCCUGAGAUAUUAAAUGGAUAUAUCUUCGCGGGACAGCCUGUAUAUUGGCCUAUUGUAGAUAUAAUAAAAUUUUCAAAACGUUAUAGCUAUUUUAAGGCUAUUUAUAGAUAUUUGAUAUUUUCGUAUUUAUAUGUGUAUUUUUAUUUGGCAGGUAUCUAUUAUUAAAAUUAUAUGUUUUAAGAUAAAUGCUUUAAAGUUUAACACAAGGUACAUUAUAAGUUGAACUUAGUAGUCUAAAAAAUAAAUUGGGCUUAAUGCAUUCGUUUUUUUUUAUAAGAAAUUUUAAUAUCAAAGUUUUACGAAAAUCGUAAAUACGGCAGCCCUUUAAAACAUGUAUAAUUGUUUGAUGAGCUAAUUAGAAAAUAGUAUUUUAUAAGACACUGGCAUGAGUUGUGAACACACCUGUAGAAAGCAUUUCAUUUUAAUUGCAGUACACGUUUUUAUCAAAUCUUGUUAUUAGCAUAAUAACACGUUUUCAAUGUGGACUAUAUAAACUAAAUAUAUAUUACGAGGUAUGAAUAUAGUAGAUAUUAUACAUUGUACGUAUAAAUCGAAAUAUUACGAUGUUGUGAAGUAUGUAUGAAAGUUAUAUUAAUGUAAUUUAUGGUGUUACGUAUAGUGUAUGCAUUACGUUUUAUGAGAGGCUCACUGAUUAUAAAAAUUAUACCUGAUUUAUCAUUGUUCUCCAUCCCUAGUUAUCAAAAUUACAUUUUACACCAUGAACUAUAAUUAUAAAUUAUAGGGUGUUUUAAUGGUGGUGUCUAGUUACUAAAUUCAAACUAUAAUUUUGGUUUCUAAGUCUUAAACAUGUUUGGCGAUCUUUGACUGUAAAUUAAACGAUUACCGGUAUAUAAUUUCGACUGGUUUUUUUAAACCAUACUAUUAGUUAUGUUAUAAAAUAAUGAAAUAGUGUUUAUUUUAAAUUUUUCCCAAAUGUAUUUAUUUAUGAAGGGUUAAAUAAAUCCCUCGUGUUAUGAAUAAAUAUUAUUAAUGAAAAUUAAACUUAAAUAUUUGUUUUUGUUAGUUAUAAAGUUUUGUCUAUAUUUUAUUGAGGGAAAGGCAAAAUGAUAUGUUUAUCCGAUGUCUCCAUGUGCUUUGAACCAGGAGGAAACUUCCAACCUACUUCAAUGUCACUGGGAUAAAAUUAUUUACAAACAGAAUAUAUACGUAUAAACGUUGCUAUAAGUUAAUGCUAUAUGUUAAUGAUUUAUAUAAUAAUAAUGUACAUCAAUACAAAUGUUUUUUUUUUUUUUUUUUGGGGUUAAAUAUAUCGGGAAGUAAUAAUAAUCGGGAAAUAUGUUGGGUAAAAAAAUAUAUUUGGGAAAUUUACAAUUUCGGAAGUAUUCCAUUCGGAAAAAAUGCUGUUUAGAAAUUCGGGGAAAAGGUCAGAAACCACAAUGAGCUACACGAUUAGCCAAAAUCGCCCAACAGGUCCUAAUAACACCAAAAUACAUUUAAACUCCAUCUAUUUAUGGAAUUUUUAAUAGACGUUACCAUUUGAAAACAUAUUAUAACCUUUACAUUAUCAUUAUUUUUUAAAUAAGUAUUUUGUAUAUAGUUUUACUAUCAUGAAGUAUUAAUCACCCAAUUCGAAUAAACAAUAAUAUGGACAUGGAUUUGAUAUUAGGUACUUAUUUUCAUUGACUGUUGUCAUUUAUUGCUACACAUUCAGGCCAAUGCCAUUCUAAAAUAAUUAUUAUAAUAUUAUGAUACAGAAAUUGAAAUAACUUAUUAUAGUGUUAAAUAAUGAAAUUUAAAAACAAUUUGAAAAUGAGAGGAAUUCAGAAAUGGUAAUUGUAUAAAGGGAAUAUAAAUUUUGAGUGAAAAAUGUGUCACUACAGUGGGAAAUUCGAAAAACGUUUACCCUAUUUUUCCUUACACUUUCAUCUAGGUUUUUAGAUAAAUAAAAAAAAUAUUGAAUUGUUUCUAAGAUUUAUUUUAUUUUUAGGUUGAUUUAGAACUAAUUUACUUUAAUUGUAAUCGAUUUUAAUAAAAUAUCUUCAAUCUUGAAUGUUUAAACCAUUAAUAGUAAAAAUAUUAUAUAUUUAAAUCAAUAUAUGUAGUUAAAUAUUAUACUAUUUAUCCGAUUGAAAGUUUGAACUUUUUAAGUUUAAACAAUAACAAUUCCAUGCCCUUGGUCUUGUUUUAGUUAGACACAAAAUAAAAACAAAAAAAAUAAAAAAAUAAAAAACAAGGUACAACCUACAGCGAUAUAUGUUUUGUUUACAAUGAUUUUUAUGACUAAUAUUAAGUGACCAUAUAUUUGUUUUUUUUUUUUAGAUUCGGAGCAUAGUGAGGAAUGUAUUGGUUUUACAAUAAAAUUGUUUUUCUUUUUUUUUUUUUAUCUGUGAACAACUUUUCUACCAGAAAUCUUGCUCUCGUUUUCAAGUGUAGUAUUUUUUCUGAAAAGAAAUUUUAUCUAGGCGGUACUUUAGGGAGGUAUUUUUAUUUUUUUUUUUUUAGCAGCUUUCAUAAUGUAAUCUCUAUAUCCUUUGAUAUAUAUCCUCUAUAUCCUACCUUUUCAACUUUUCACCUACAACAGUAGCCACCUAUUGUGUGACGUAUGUUUUUUUUUUUGUUUGUAAAAGUGCUAUAUAAAUAUAUCAAAAGCCUCUAUGCUAGAUAGUAAAAUAAUAAAAUUAAAUAAUUAUGAUAAAGUUGAUUUUUAUAAAAAUAAAACAAACUAAAAUUGAUUGAUAAUAUUUACAGUCAUUACUCAAGCGGUACCUCGGCAUAGAAUAUUAAACAUUUUGAUUUUUAUCACUAUUAUUCUUAUGUAUUAAUAAAAUAUUAUCGUGAUUGUUAUUUUAAAUAAUAAUUAUGAAUAGAGAUAUAUUACGUUAUAAAAACUAAGAAAAUCUCUAUAUUAGGUUACAGCCUAUAACAGAGAGUUAAGUAAACAGUUAACUGUAAACCCAUUACCUAUCUCUCUGAUAAACAAAUCAAGUAUAGCAUAACUUAUUCAAAACUUUUCUUAAUAUAAAUUCCAUAUGUGAUAUCUAAAUAAACAUAAUAAAUAUACUCGUUAAGGAAAAAAUGUCGAAAUGUCAAAAUUAUUUACGAUUUAUAGAAAAUAAGAGAAAAACAUUUUUAUCUAUUCAAAAACUGUAUUAAUAAUUAUAAUUCUGAUGAUUAAAUGAAAAUAAUAAUAUGUUAUUCUACUUUACUUGCUGAAUACUGACAUACCUUCUUCAAAUAAUGGAUAAUUGAUGUUUAUAAACAAUGUUCGACUUGAGAAUACACGAACGAACAACAUAAUUUAUUUUAAGCAUUUUAUAUUACCGCACUUUAUGAAUUAGAUAUUUAUAGUUCCAAGUAUGUAGGUAUUGUGUAAUAUGAACAUUUUAUAAUUAUAAAAAAAUAUAUGUAUAUAGGCAUUAGCAAUUAAUUAUUAUAAAUAUAUAAUCCACAUUUAUAUGUAACAUACAAUAAUAACUUAUAAUUAUUCAAUAUUUGUUCCAUUUUUUUAAAUUAUAUUAUACACGGACAUGCAUCGCAUAGGUUUGCAUAUUUUAUUUUUCAAGAAAAUCUAUUAUAAGAGUCACUUAAGUUACUAUAUUUCAAUUUAAACAUUACAAAAAAAUUAUCUUCUUAUCCUAUAUUAAUAAUGUUUUAAAUUUUCAACGAUUGUGGUAUAAAUUUAUUAAAAUAUUACAAACUAUGGGUCACCAUUAUUAGUAAACCGUUAAUUUCAUUAUGUACGUAUAUAACUAAUAUUACUUUAUGUUGUUAAAACAGUAAUUUGUAAUAUUAUUGAUUCAGCCAUACAAAAAAUAUAACAGAGGACAUAAUUCUCUCACUUUUUGGAAUCUUCUAUAUUUUAGUUAAUGAAAUUAAAAAUCAGUUAUGAAUAAAUCUUAAACAUUUUUUUCGUGUAUGUAUAAUAUAUUCGUGGUUUUCCCAUGCAAAUACACCCAUUGUAAUAUCUCCAUAGAUAAUAAAGGAAAUCAAAUUCUGUUUUUUUUUUUUUUAUUGCUCACAGGAAUAAGUGCUACAAUUAUAUUUAAAUUAAUUUUAUAUAUUUUGGUAAAAAAACUAAAAAAGAUACAUUUUUAUUUAAUUAUUUUGUAAUGUAAUGUAUACUUUGAAAAAUUUGAAGCUUUAGCUUUUUCAGAGUUUGUUCUUCUGAAAAUGUUAACGUUUCAACAUUUUAUUUUCAUGAAAUGUAUGAUUUUCAAUAAUUUUUAAAAUUCAAAGAAAAGUACCUAUGAUAAUUAUGCAGCAGACUGUAAUCACAUUCGCUAAUUAAUUAUUAUUGUUAUAGCUAAUUGAACUGACUACACUAUUUUUCUCCGAACUUUAAAAAACUAUUAAAAAUCAUGAAUUUAAUGAAAACAAAAGGUUGAUUCACCAAAAUGUUCAGAAUAAUAAACUUUAUAAAACGAAUAUCUUUAAAUUUUUAAAACAUAAAAAAAUAAAAAGUUAUUUUUUAAAGUUUUUUACGAAAACAUAAAAAAAUAAUUAAAGCUUAAUUAUUUAUAAUUACUUUUAAGAUUCUGAGCUGAGUGAAGAAUUUAUUUUUAUUUUGAUUUAGUAUGCUCUAUUUAUAUCAUAAUUCAAAAAUUAAUUACUAAAUACAAAUUAAUAAAGCAUCUUUUACUUUGAACGGCUAGGUACAUGGAUCAUGAAUGGGAGUAGCGAGAAAUAUGAUAAGAUAAUGUAGAAAUAAAUUUUCUUUUUUAUUGUAAAUAUGUUUUUACUAUUUCAGAAAUAUAUUGAUAUUACUAUUAUUAUUGAUUUCUUAUACACAAUUUUUUUUUGUCUGCAAAACUUUUUUCCAGAAACUUUACUCCAAUCAAAAAAAUACAAAAGAAAUUUUUUGUUGCAUAUUGGAGAAUAAUUGCUAGUUGGUGCAUUGAAGAGAUUUCUUGUUCAAGUGGUCUUCAUAAUAAUUCGAAAAAACCAGAAAAAAACAUAAAAGAAAAAUUGACAAAUUUAUGGCGUUAAUGAUUUCAUUAUUUUAAAUUUAUUCGAUUAUGGUUUUUUACCAGAAAUCUUGUUCCAAAUAUCAAGAGUAGAAUCUUUUCUGUAAUUAAUUUUUGUCUAGUUGGCGAGUAAGAAAGUUUGUUAUAUUGUGUACAGAAACAAAUUAUAUAAAUUUACCUAUCCUAAUGUUAAAUAUUUUAAUAUUUAGUGACAUUAAUUAUUAAUUUAUAUAGUAUCUAUAGAUUUUAUUAUCUGCUAUGCAGUACAGGAUCAAAAAAAAUAAGCUUCCGUAUACCUCCACGUCACAUUCGUAAGUCUAUUCUCUUUUCUAUUCCACGUUUAUAAUCUAAUUUAUUUUGAAAUGUUCCAAUGGUUUGCCUCCCUCGUUAUGUUAAAAUGAAAUUAUAUAAUUAUUUAAAAAUCUAUACUAAGUAUGUACUUUGCAUUUUUAAUUCGACAUGCUCGUUUGAAAAUAAAAAUAAAACAAAAUAAAAAUAUAAUAUAUCCACUAACCUGGGUUUUUAGAGCUAAAUAGUAACCAGCAAUCAUAAAAAGCGUGGUGGUGAGGCUGAGAGCGCCGCCGUAAGCCAUCCGAAAUACCUCGGUGUUCUCUACGGUGAAAUGUUUGCAAUCAAAAACCCUGAUCCAAGUAAAAAUGGAACGUUUUUAAUUUUGUGAACCACCAAAAAUAACAGGUCGUUUAAAUUUGGUUAAAUCGGGUUAUUGUGGCUUUCACUACUGCUUUCACUGUUCUUUAAGCUACCGUCACUACGAUACUGUCGAUGUUGUUGCUUCUAACACGGUAGCAGAAAUGACUGCGGUUGCUGUUUAGCCGAUAGUGAAUAGUGAUAAUUUAUGCUGCGGCAUUGAGCAGUGAUGUUAACGUUCUUUUUCCAUAGGAAUUCGUUCAAUUCCUCGUUCUUUUAGUGUUUAAAGGAACACAUUCUUUUUUCGUUCCUACGAACAAUUACAAUAAACAAUUUUGACACCAAAAUGUAUUUUAACUAAUACUCCAUCUAUUUGUGGAAAUUUAAUAUAGGUUGCUAUUUGAAAAUCAAAAUUAAUUGGUGGUUUCACCUUCAAAAAUAAGGAUGACAAAAAUUGAAAUAAAAGUAAAAUUAUAGAGCCACUUAUUGUUCUAUAAAAUACAUUUUGAAAAAAGUUAAUACUUUUUAAGAUAAUCAAUGUACCCACUUAAAGGUAAGGUAUAUAGAGUAGAUCACUAUUAUAGUAUAGAACUUACAAAAUUAGUAGAUUUCAAAAGCAACACAAAAUUUAAAUUUAAAUUCAAACCUGAGGUAAGUAAUACCUACUUUUACCACGGUUUUUUUGUUUUUCAAAAUGUCAAAAUUGUCCGAGAAAAUUUAAAAAUUUUUCUGACUUACGUUAUACCGUAUACUUUACAUGUACCAAUUGUCCAGUUUAAUAAUCAAUAUUUAUAAUGUUGCUACAUGAAAUUAUUUUUAAUAUGUUCAUUUUCCAAAAAAAGUUUUUUGCUUAAUGGGAAAGACUUUUUUCCCCAAAAAAAGUGAUUAAAAAAUAUAAGUUCCACUUUGAUAAAUCUAAAAUAGCAAUAUUUAUUUUAGAAUAAAUUAUUUUGAGUUCAUUUAUCAUACUAUAAUGUAGUUUUUUAAAGGAUAAGUAAUUAUAUUAUUAUUUAUUAUAAUAUUGAUAUGACAAUGGAUUGCUUACAUAUAACAUCAUUUAUUGCAACCGUUAUAAUAAUAUACGUAGAACGUAGGUGUAUUAUAAAUUCGGUAAUUUAAUUUAUAGCUCACAUGAUAAGUUAUUGAUUAUACUUAUAAUAUAUUGUGUAUUUUGUUAGACGUCCAAAAUUAUCAUUAUUCGACUUUAUACUAUAUUACUUAUAUGUGACCUUACUCGUGUUCAAUUAUAUAUUGAAUGCAACGGGUUUUUUUUUAACUCGUAGAAAAAUAAGGUAUUAAGAUACUUAAGAAAAUAUCUAUCUAUUUUAGAAUAAAAAAUUAUUAUUUCGGCUUUAAUACACAAUAAAUUGCCCAUAAGUUAGAUUGAUUUAACUAUUGUAAUAUUUAAAGUGGCCAGUGGGAUAAUACUUCUGAUAAGUACCUACAUAGACGCCACCGGAAUAUUUUUCAGGGGGGUGCAUAGUAAUUACGCUGAUUUCUAAAUAAUGCUUUAAUAUUAAUAAUAAUUAUAAAAAACAUUAUUUAAAAACUAACCUAACCUAACCUAACCCUAAAUAAUAAUUUGUAUUAUUAAGUUAAAUUUUUCCCAAAAUAAAUGUAAAAUUAAUUCAAGUACAAGUACCAGUUUGAGUAUUAGUGAUGAUAAAAUUAGUUUAAAAGACAAUCAUGAGACAGGUUAUUUAUGUACCUACUAUAGAUAUCAAUAAACAAAUGACAAACAAAAACAAGUGCCACAAUUCCUUCAUAAGUUCACUAUUGGUGCAAACAAAUUAGAUACUGGAGUGUAUUUAAAUUCCUGUGUUGAUGAACUACAUUUGAAAUUAUUAAAAGAGCUCUGAGUUCUUCCGAGACUGUAAUAAAGAUUUGAACACCGACUCAACGAGAACAUUUCAUAAAUUUCAUUUAAAAUAGUUUGCCACUUAUCCAUCCUACGUUACUCAGCUGUUUUCAAGGAUCCAAUUAUUUUUAGAAAAGCCAGGGGGCUGCAAUCGCAUGCCCUUGCACCCCCUCACAGCGCCUCUGAACCUACUUAUUUCACUGUUGAAAGUGAGAAUUUGGAAAGGUAUAAUAGAUAUUGUAUAUAGUAAAGUAAUUGAAUUUAUAUUUGUACAUUAAACCAUUGCUUACAAAAAAGGAUUCUGAUCGAAAUUUGAUUAUACGUGUUUUGAAAUGUCCUGAUUUAAAAAAAUAAAAAAUAGAACUUGCUUAUAAAAACGAAUUAUUUUCGAACUUGUGUCAAAUUGUCGAACACUUCGGGUCAAAAAUUUGUAUUCACAUAAAUAGGAAAAUAAUACGCAAAAUGUUAUUGUUACGAAUUUUAUAAAAAUUUUAAUUUUAAAUGCUUAUAUUAUAUGAAUACAACCGCUAACUACACAUUUUCUAUACUUUUAAAAUACUAUAAGAACAAUUUAUAAGAUGAACAUUGUAUACAAUUUUAAACCUUUUUAUAUAAAUGAAACAAAUUUUAUCCUCAGAAACUAGAAAAACAUUUUAACUAACACAAAAACCGUCAGAAUGUUUUGAAAAUAAAAUUAUACCACGUCUGAGGUCUAUAAAAUGCUAAUAUAAAUAUCAGUUUUCAGGAAUCUACGAUUAUCUUCAAAUGAAUAGACUUCUUCUAUGCAAUAACUAGACAAAUUAAACUCCAGAAAUCACUCCGAAAAUUGAUCAGAGCAAUAAUUUUGAUAUAAAAGAUGUUUACUGACAGAACAAAAUAAAUAAAUCACACAUCGUAGUAAAUAGUUAAUAUAAAUUUAAAUAAAAUAUCAAGCGUAUUAUGUAAUUAAAUGAGAACAUCUGGACAACAAUAAAACAAAUUAUUAUAUAUAUAAAGUCAUAGGUGCUAAAGUAUAUUAUACUGUAAUUGUACAACAUUGUUCAUAAAAUUGUGAAAAACUACUUAAACUUUGAGACAUAAUAUUGUAUAAAAUAGGUAUGUAAAAGGCCAACAUAUUAUUAUUAUUUUAUUGUAAGCGAUUUAUCCCACGCAAGUCCCUGGUAUCAGGUACUUAGGUACUAUUAGUCUCCGCCACAUAAUUUGUUCAUCUACUCUCUUUGAAAAUGAUCAACGCUUCUAUAAAACAAUAACAUUAGCAUAUUUGAUAUUAUAUCUGUAACAAGCAUUAUUUUUAUUUGUUACCUAGAUUACUUAUUAUAAUAUUAUGUCAACGAAAUUGUCUAACGAAACAAUAUAAGAUGACGUAUAACAGGUAUAAAUAAUAUAUAGGUAUUAAUAAUGGGCAAAUAAAUAAAUUUGAUUUAUUAUGCACAAAUAAAAAUAAUGUUACAUUAUUAAAUAUUCUUAUCAUUAUUUAACAAUAUAUAUAUAUAUAUAUAUAUGUAUUAAUUUAAUAUGGCUACUAUACAUAUAUAGUGGUGCAACCAAAGUUUGCUGAUUCUGGGUUACCUUUAUCUACAUGAAAAAAAAUGGGACCACUAUAAACUUACCAAUUACUGAGCUCUGUUCAAAAUUAUUAUUUGAUUAGAAUAAUUUUGUAAAAAAAAAUUUCCCUACUAACGUAAAUAUGAGUGGUAGGAAGUGCUUAUUCUUAGUUAAUGUAUUUAUAGCCUUCCCGAAAUCAUGAAUUAGUAGUAGGUAUUUUGGGGAGAUGAUUUACCAAUGGACUUAAUUAAACUAUAGUAACUUAAAAAUCUUAGCUACUCCUGUGAUCCUACCUUCUGAACUCCCCACCUACAAUAGUGGCUUACCCAUGGUACAAAGUAUGUCUUAUUAUAUAAUAUGGUUUUAUAUUAUUAUUACUCAACUAAUAAAAGUAUAUUUAAAUACUUUACAUCCAACUUAUUCUUUACCUCAUCUAAAGAAAUUAAAUGUAUCGAGACAGAUGUUUUAAAGUCAUAGUCCCCUCUCCUCUUACCACGAAAAUAAAUCUUGGUUUUGCCAUUGGUUAUAUAAUGUUAUGUUAUAUUAUACCCUUAGUGUACAUUUAAUUUUAUAUAAACUAUAAAUUAAUUUUUUUGUGAAACAUAUAUAAUUUUUUAAAAUAGAAUUUAAAUCACAGUAACAAAAUAUAAUAGAACAUCAAUAAUUUAACUUAAUUAUUAUUAUCAUUAAACCGAUUCUAGAUUCUACCUAUCUAGUAUAAUAACGAUAAUUAAAACAAAAUAACAAUAUAUUAAUAUUUAUACUAAUAUAAUUAUAUAGACAAAUCGAUUUGUUUAAAAUUUAUCCAAUUUUUCGUAAUUCUUGUUCAUCGUAAUCGCAUCAAGAUAUUGUUGGAUAAGCUUUAACAUGAAGUUAUUAUUUGUGAACGGCCAAAACUUGUCCAAGUAGCCCACGUGUCCACCCCCGGAAGUCACUAGUAUGGCCACAUUGUUGUGUUGGUCGGCUUCACGAACAGGUAUGUCUGCAAUAAAAAUUCAAUAAUAUUAUCAUAAUAUGAAAUAUCCGAAUAUUUUUAUCAUUUAAUUUUUUUUUUUUUUACCGUUUAGAUAAAGAAAUGGAUCGUCCGCUGCACUUAAACACAAACACGGUACGUUAAUCAUAUGCAAUUUGUUGCUCAGAGUCGCAUCCUCGUAGUAGUGAUAGACGUUGGUGUAGUUGAACAUUUUAAUGGUAUACGCUGUAUCGAAUUCUCGAAUGGUGUUACACUUUAUAAUCAAUCAGUGAAAAAACUCGGUUAAAAUAAUUUAUUAGACGAAUAUGUUUUUUUGUAUGCAAAUCAGUGAUGGAUCUAGAGAGGCCCCAGGGGCCUCAUCCCUCCUACAGACUAUAGACUAUAAAAAAGAUUUUACUUCCACAAAUAAUUAGUUAUUCAACACGUAUAUAAUACAUGAUUUUUAAGGAAGAAAAGCUGAACGGAGCAAUGAAUGUAUUGAUUGUACAAAAUUGUUUGAUAUGAAUUGUUUAUUUGUUUUUCUGUCUGUAAAACUAAUUCUACCAGAAAUCUUACUUCGAUCAAAAAAUAAGUUAUCAAUGGUUAAUUGGUACUUAUAAAAACAUAAAUUAAAUAACCUUAUGUGUUCUAUACUUUCUCAACUUAUCACCUACAACAGUGGCUGCAUCCAUCCUCAAUAUUACCUAUUUUAUAUUCUGAAUGGAGCGAGGAAAGUAUUGGUUUCAUAAUGAUGUAUAUAUAUAUAUAUAUACAUUUUUUUUUAUUUGCGAACAACUUUUCUAUUUAAAAUUUUACUCCAAUUUACAAUGAUAGCAAUUUUUCUGAAAAGAAAUCUAACUGAGGUGAUACUUAAAAGAGGUGAUUUUUUGAUUUUCCCAGCUGUUUUCAUAAUGAAUGGGAAAAAUCAGUAAAACAGGUACAAUAUUAAACACAAUUUAUAGUUAAUGAAUAUAUAAUUAUUUUACCAUAAUAUGACAAAUAUAUUAUUGACAAAACAACACUAUUAACUGAACUCCGAAUCGUUUUUCGUUAGCAAUGAAUAAUCGUUGCAUACAUAUAUGCAUUCAAUUUCCCCUCUACCUUUCCAACUUUUCACCUAAACAGUGACCCACCCAAGUGUGAAGUAUAUACUACUGUGAAGUGUGUAGUACCUUUUUCUUUUACUAAGUAGUCAUUUUUUUUAGGAGACCCCCUUCAAAAUUCAACUCUGGAUCCACCACUGAUGUAUUUAUACAGGAAAUCACCUAUGUCUAUAUAAUAGAAAUAUAAUUAACCUGGCUUAAUUAAAAGAGCGCUGUGCACUUUACGCUAAAUUUUUUUUUCUUGCCAUUUCCGUCCGUUAUCGUAAUCUUUAUGUUCUAUUAGUAUUUAGUAUGGAUCCACUGUUUUCCCACCACGAUUUAGGCUGUUUUGAACUUAAUGAUUGAUUAAGGUAUUUCGAGGACAAAACAUAUUGUUGAAGCUUGGCAUCAGCAUUGAGCUACUUUGGUUGGUAAAGCUCAUGUUGGUGUUUUCACUUGUAUAAAUAAGUUUAAGAAUGAGCAGAAUCGAGUUGAUUUAGAAAUCGAAAAUAUUAUUCGUGAUGAAUAACGUUCUACACAAAAAAAACGUUAUCAAUAGAAAAAUAGACGAACGUAUAUCGUAUAUUGAAUGUAUAUCUGUACAUAAAAAUUAACCAUAACCUAAUCACCAUUGCUAACGAAAAAUAAUUCUAAACGGCGUUCGGUUAAUAAUGUUGCUUUGUCAACAAUAUAAAUGUCAUAUUAUAGAAAAAAUAAUUGCAUAUGCAUAUUUUCUUUAAUAAUAUCUGUUAAAUUUGGACAUAAUUGCCUGUUUCGCCUACGGUUUUUCCUUAAUUUUUCCCCGGUUUUCUCAUUUAUUGGGAAAACUCCUGGAAAAAUCAAAAAACCCAGUCUGAUUUCUUUUCUAAAAAAGUACUAUCAUUAUAAAUUGGAGCAAAAUUGGUGGUAGAAAAGUUGUUCACAGAAAAAAAAAAUUUUAAAAGAGAGCUGAUACUAAAGACAGGUGCGGCCAAUGUUGUAGGUAAGAAGUUGAGAAGGUAGAAUACAUAAGGUUAUUUAAUUUAUAAGCAAUAUAUUAUUCGAUAGCAUAAUUUAGCAAUUAUAUAUUUGUAAACAACGUUAAACCAUUGCUUAUGAAAAACGAUUCCGAGCACAGUUCGGUGAUACAUAAUUUGAAGUGCCGUAUUUUUUUUUUAAACUAACUUUCCUAGGUUUUUUCCCGAUUAUUAUGAAAACUAAUUCAAAAAUUCAAAAAUAACCUGCAUCAUUAUUUGUGCUAAAAAACGUUGUAGGUAUUUAUUUAAAAUAACGAAAUCGUGAAAAAAUCUUAUUUUUCUUGUCGGUUAAUCGUUUUUAUUUUAAAUAUUGUUUCGAAAAUCAAAAAAUUACCUAUGUAUUUACCAAGUAAAUAAAAUUGACUUUCAGAAAAAGUGCUACACUUAUACAUCGAAAAAAGUUUUCUAGGAUAAAAGUGGUCUACAGUAUAAAAAAAAAAUAAAAUAAAGUACCAUAGUAAAAAAUUUAAAAAAGGAAAAACAGUCGUCCGAUGAUUUUCGGAAAUUUUACCACGUCUAAGUAAGUUCAAUAUAAGUAUUAUUACCAAAUUUCAAGUCUCUAAGUGUAUUUAUAACCGAAUUACAAUAAAAAAACUCCCAAAAAUUAAAGUUCCUUAAAAUCUUAAAAGUUUUGGCGAUGAUACCGUAAGAAAGUAAAUCAAAAAAGCAACAAAAAAGGUAUUUCGUAAUUUUUCGAUUAAAUGAUUUUUUAGAAAACGUUAGAAAACUGGUAGAAAACGUUGUCCGUGUUUUUAUAAAAUAAUGUAAUAGUGAAAUUGUACGUUUUCUUGCGUUUUUUGCAACCUAAGUGCUUUUAUUUAAAAAAUAGCGCCGAAAAUCAAAAAAAUGACUUGUACUAAGUACAAUCUGGACAACUUCAGAUUUUAGAAAAGUUGCUAUAUGUAAAAAUCAGAGCAAGUUUACUAAAAAGAAACGUGUCCACAGACUAGAACAAAGAAAUAAACAGCAUUGUAAAACGAAUAGGCCCUCGCUAUGCUCGGAAUCUAAAAUAAAAUAAACAUUUUUGUAAAACCAAUACAUUCCUCGCUCCACUCAAAACCUAAAACGUAUGAUUAUUUAUAAGAAGGAUCGAUAAAACUGGAGCUUCUUGGAUUUUUUAUAUGGUUUAGUCCAUAAUAUUUCUAUGCAAUAUUUAUAUUUUUUUAUACGUAAAAUAUGUUCUCUUUCUAUUUUUACACUUUGAUAACCAGUAAAAUUUUAAGAGGCAUAAUUAGGCGAUUACCUACACAUCAUCUGGGGAUGCAAAUUAUCAUGUCAAUGUGAAAUUCUGUAUGAUAUUGUCCGUUGGGGUUUUAACUAUGUCGGGAUUCUGACCGUCAUGAUUUUGACCUUGUUGGGAUUUUAUCUGUCGGGAUUCCGACACUCUCGGAGUGUUGACCUUAUCAACAUUUUAACUGUCGGGAUUAUAACCAUUGAGAUUUUGACUGUCAAGAUUUUGAAUGCUUCCCCCGAAUUUUUAUCAAGUAUAAAAAUAUGACAUGUUGACUGCGCCCAAGUAACAGCUAAAAAAUUAAUAACUCUAUAUUUAUUUAAAAUCAAAUGCUGUGACAUGAAAUGUUCGGUCAUAGUGACUUAAGUGAUUAUUAGAUCGAUAGAUACCGUAUCUAUAUAUUUAUCAUGUCUAUACAUAUAGUGAUUUAUUAGUGAUAUAUAGUGAUGAUUAUAUAAUAAUCAAUAGUCAUAGUAUUUGAUAACAAGUUUGUAUUUUCACAAAUACUAUGAUUUUACCAAAUAAAUCAUUUUUAUGUAGUCAUAUGCUAUAUACUCUAAUAUUUUUGUGAGUAUUGAAUGAGUUUGGUCAGAAAAUUAACUUAAGUUGUAUAAAAUAUGGUAAUAAAAACAAACGGGGCAUAGUUGACAUUAUACCUUUUUAAUUUAGAUGAAUGUCUGGGCAUAGUUAACAAAAAAAAAUCAAACGCAGUUUACGUAUGCCCUAGCUGUCACAACCUGAUUAUUUGCAGCCUUUAUCAUAAUAUGAAGUUAUGUCUUCAUGCUUCAUAAUCGUAGUGUCCUAUAGUUCCAUACACACUGUAGAUAAGGCAUUAUGAACUGUCUACGCAAAAGAAGUAAUUGGUAACAGAAACAGAUAGUGUAUAAUAAAACAAAAACAAUUAUUCAGCCUGAUUUUCUACUACAGGAAAAAUGAUGACGCCACCUCGAUAUGAUCGCCUGUGGUUAAUGAUUACUCUUUGCUAACAUAUUUAUACUAUUACGAAUAAUCAAUGUUAAUUUAUUUUAUAAUAAUAUUACAAUACAAUAUAGUACCCAAAUUAUUGUAUCAGUUAGUUAGUAUUUAUUUAUGAUAUUUAAUACCUACUUAUUAUUAUUAAGACUAUCUAAUUAAAAUUUAAAAUAAUAUAAUAAUUAUAUUAUUUUUUUUUUUUUUAUUAUUAUUAUGAAUAUAUAUUAUUCUACCUGUUUAAUACUGUUAUAAUCCAAAGAACUGUUUUUAUCUUGAUCGAAAAUUACAUCUUUGUUCCUGAAAUAAAGUAGAAAAUAUUAAUUAAUAUAUUAAACUUUAUCGAAUAAUUCAAAUUUUCGUAAUGCCCAUUCAAAGAUAAUAUGCUAGUUAUUAUUUAUUAGAUUUAUAGUGUUAUUUUAUAAAAAAAAAUGUCUGUGUAGAAUUUCAUAUUUUAAAUAUGAUUCUGAUGCAAAGAGUUUUGCUUGGUUUGCUUCGAUUUUUAAGAACUCAGUGGUAUCAAAUUACAAGAAAAUCGUAAAAUUAUUUUUCUAAAAUAGUUUUCUCAUUUUGUCAACUUUUCCGUUAUGAAAUACCUAUAUAAUAUUUAUUCAAUCUGAAUUUUUUAUUAAAUUGUUAUUAUUUGUCAAUAUUAACAAUUAUUAUUAAUAAGUACCUAUUAAAUUAAUCAAUAAAUAUAAACACAUUGUUCAAUUAUUUUUUUUUUUAUUUUUUUUUUAUUAUAUAUAUAUAUUUGCAUGCUAAGUAGCUUCAUAAUUUAAUCCAAUAAAUGUUUUUUAUGAAUUUUAAAUUUUUUUUUCAAAAUUCAAAAUUACUUACUUAACGACGACAUUGCGUAAAUGGUGCGAUAAGUUUUGGCCCAUUUUUCGCAUUAGCCACGAGCCUUCCGCAUUUUUACAUGCUUGAGUUACAUUCCAUGGUACUGAUAUCAGUAUGCCUGUGAUUAAAUGUUUAUUUUCAGUCUGUUCACGUGACAUCAAGAAUGUCCCCAACAAUGUUCUAGAGGGAAUAUCAUAUAAUAUAUAAAGUUACGUGAAACUUUAAUGUUUAUACUUAAGCGAUAAUGAAAGUUCACUAAUCACACAUUAUGCUCAAGAAAGAACGUACCGGUAGAAGAAAUGGUCCAUAACACAUAUUUGCUGGUAAAUAUAAAUAUAUUUGUUUUUUUUUCAGAAAAUAAAUUGAAAAUAUUUUAUAUUAUGCAGAUAAUUUAGAAUAACAUCAUACACAUGCAGAAUAUGUUAUAUUAAAAAUAUUUGUGGUUUAUUAAUAUAACGUUUUCAUAUGCCAAUAAACUUAAUUACAAUAAAGUUGUUAUUUAUUAUCUAUAGUUGGUGAAUAAGAAAGUUUGAUUUUUUUGUUGUAUUCAGUUAAAAAAAAUCGUAGAAAUCUCAAAUGUUCACCAAAUUCUUAUAUCAGUCAUUUUUCAACAUAACAUAAUUUUCAAAAUAUUUUGACUAUUUUUAAUCUAUUAAUAGUUAUUUGAAAUUUUUAUUUUUAUUUAGUUCUAUUUGAAUAAAAUUGUUUUAGCCUAAAAAUAAAAGUUCAACAAUUUAAACGAGGUUCCUCAUAAGUUGUAUCUAAUUGGCAACAAAAAGUUGAACGUCAUUUAAUAGUUUUUUUUAUAAAAGCUUAAAAUUCAAAUUUUUAUGAAAUUUGUAUAAAUCGUGUCAUUGCAAAACCUGUUUAAACAAACUCUAUCUAUCUAACAGUUCAUUAGCAGUAUCAGCUCA